GAGCAGGAAGGGGCGGGCGGCUGCUGCCGGGCGAGCGAUGCAUUAGCGGCGGCCCUGGAGGCGAGGCAGGGCUUUGCUGCUGAGGCGAGCGGAGAGGCGCCCAAGAUGGCCCCUGCUGCAGAGGCGGCCGUGGCAGCAGCAGAGGGCCGGAGGGCGGAAGGGAAGGCCGCGGCCGGCCGGCUCCUGCUGCUGCUGGUGGACAAGGAGGAGGAGGGCGCGACGGCCCCGUCCGUGGCCCGCAGCUGAGAGGAGCUGCCGCCGCCGCCGCCGCCGCCACCGCCGUGAGGUAAGCGGAGUCUCCCCGGUGGGCGGGUGGCGGGGAACAAUAGGGCGGAGGCUGCGGCCUGCUCCUCUCUUUUCCUUCGGGCGGGCGGCGCCUCUACCUGGCCGGCCGGCCGGCGGGCCCGGCAUUGCGGCCGGGGUCUCCGUGCGAGGCGCCCCAGCGGCCUCUUCCACCAUUUCCCCUCCACUUCGCCGAAGCCUCGGUAGGCCUCAGGCUUCUGCCGGGCUCGCUUUCUGCCAUCCCCGCCCCCGCGGCUUCGGAAGAGGCCGGGAAAUAUUCUGGGGGCCGGGGGUUACACGCGGUCUCAACUCAUGCCGGGGGUCUGGGGGGGGGUACGCGGUAUAGUAUUCUUGGCUAGGGAAUGGUGCGCGGGGGUGGCUGGAAGCCCUUGCCAGGUGUGAUCCUCACUGACCCUCCGUGGGAAUUAUCUCUGACAGCUCAGCCUUAUGCAUGUCUACUCAGAAGCGCUCCCAUUGAGUUCAGUGGGACUUACUCCCGAGUAAGCGUGUGGGGGUCGCACUCUAAAGUAAACACACACAUAGAUCGGAUCACAUUGCACACGUCCAUACUUCUAGGGGAGAGCGCUGUCCCACCUGUGAAAAGAUCACACAUGCUUUUAUUCUGUGCUUCUGUUCCCUAAAUGUAGCUUCUGUGUUCAGUCUCUGAAGCUCAUUGGGUUCUGACAUUGACCUCCCCAUGAUCUUUUGAACAUUAUCCCUGGCAGUGGUCGCUGUACUCCAGGGAGGAAAGAAACGUUAAAAACACAGAACAAAGUGUAAUUCUAAAAAUUCUCGAGGCGUACAAGUACCCCUACCUUCUGUAUAUUUAUCAUGUAUGUAACUUUCAGUGUCAUGGUUUCAGAGGAUUGGACAAAAGUCUGCUUCCCAGGAAAUGAAGGAUCUGGUUUGGCUACCUGAAGCAAGCAAGCAAACCUUUGUGUUCAGGGAGAGAGUUGAUAUUGAGCAGGAAGUGACAUCUGCAAACAGUUCACCAAGAAGCCGUGUAAAAUUUCAUUGCACAAAAUGAAGGCUGUUUACUUUAUUCCUCACCCAUCUCUUCAUAAACACAACUGUCACACUGUAUUAUUUUGGUAGAAUAAAUUGUGAUUUAGUUAUUUAUUUUGACUUCUAUCAGAUAGUGUUUUGGUUAUGAGAGAACACUGUGAAUUGUGUUCAUGAAAAUUAACAGGAAUUUGUAUUUACUUACCUGUUCGCCACAUGUGAUGAAGAUCACAUAGAAUUCAUUAUUUAAGGAAUUUUUUACUCCAUUCUUUAGCUGAAAAGCCUUCUAGAAUGGCUUACAAAGAUCAGGAUCAAUAUAGUCCCUGUACCCAGGAUUAUAUUCUAAAAUGAUAUGUAAAAAUGCAUUCAAGUGAGUAAACAGAAUGACAGGGCCUGAGGGACAGGUCAAUCUGCCUUUUCUCUGCUAGCUCAGCUUCCAUCAUUACUUGGUAUUGAACCCCCAUCAUAUUUAGCAAGUAUGAAAACAUUAUGUCCUGGUGGAAUAAGGACAGAUAAGUUGCUCUCUACUUCCUCCACCUGCUCAGGUUCUGUGCUGGCUGUAGGGAGUGAAAUCCCUUCCACGCUUGACCAGCCCAGAAACCAAACAAGCUGGCAGAGGAGGAUGCUGUGAUCAGUCCUCCUCUGCCAGACUUCUGCAUUUUCCUGCAGGAUCUGCAGAAAGCAAAGCUCCUCCCUGCAGGUAUAGAAAGUACAGUGGUGCCUCGCAAGACGAAAAUAAUCCGUUCCGCGAGUCUCUUCAUCUAGCGGUUUUUUUCGUCUUGCGAAGCAACCCUAUUAGCGGAUUAGCGCUAUUAGCGGUUUAGCGGCUAUUAAAGGCUUAGCGGCUUAGCGGCUAAAAGGCUAUUAGCGGCUUAGCGGCUUAGAAAAGGGGGGGGGAGCGAAAAAAAUCGCAAGACUUGCAAGACGUUUUCGUCUUGCGAAGCAAGCCCAUAAGGAAAUUCGUCUUGCGAAGCGCAUCGAAAAACGGAAAACCCUUUCGUCUAGCGGGUUUUUCGUCUUGCGAGGCAUUCGUCUUGCGGGGCACCACUGUAUAGAAAGGGGGUGCUGGUGGCAAAAGGACAAGGCGAUCAUUGGCUUUGCUACCAGCCCACCACAUUUCUAUGCUAAAGGCACAACACACAAAGCCCACUUUUGCACAUAUAGCAUAUAAAUCAAUUGGGCUAAUAGAAGAGGCAGAUAAGUGCUCCAUUCCUCUUCUGGUGCCUGCUGCAUUUCUGGUCCACGGGGUUUUUUUUUGGUUCUUUUUACUAGCAGAUAAUGUCCCUUGUAGGGAUGUGGGUGGCACUGUGGUCUAAACCACUGAGCCUUGGGCUUGCCGAUUGGAAGGUCGGCGGUUCGGGUGAGCUCCCGUUGUUCGGUACCAGCUCCUGCCAACAUAGUGGUUCGAAAGCACGUCAAAGCGCAAGUAGAUAAAUAGGUAGCGUUCUGGCGGGAAGGUAAACAGCGUUUCUGUGCGCUGCUCUGGUUUUGCCAGAAGCGGCUUAGUCAUGCUGGCCACAUGACCCGGAAAAACUGUCUGUGGACAAAUGUCGGCUCCCUCGGCCAGUAAAGCAAGAUGAGCGCUGCAACCCCAGAGUCGUUCAUGAUUGGACUUAACUGUCAGGGGUCCUUUACCUUUUUUAAUGUCAACCCUUAAGGCUGUGUGUGUCUUGUACCCAAAGGAAGCUUUUGAUUGGAUGUGAUGAAAUCCUUUCUUGUAGGAGAUACUGUACUAGAAGUGUUGGUCACCAUACAGAAUACUCUCUGGGUCUUUUGUUAGUGCUGGUGUUGCCUUAAGUAGGUUCUUUCAUUCUGCUGUAUUGCAGAGCUUAGGUAAAGGUAAUACUUAUAUAAAUUGUGAUUACAUGCAAAACAGUAUGAUUGCUGCAGCUCUACUCAUUUCUGUUCUUUGAUCAUGCCAGAAAUAACAUUCACUACUGUCAUAUUUGGCAAUAAUUUUGUCCUGGCUCAUGGACAAAUUACUGUGAUGCUUGCAACAUGCUCUUAUACAUGUUUACUCAGAAUCAAGUCCCACUGAAUUCAGUAGGACCUGUUGUCAAUUGAGUGUGCAUAAAUUGCAGUAUUAGCAGGGGUGGGCAAGAGGUAGAUUGGAAAUUUGGUAGAUUGGAACUGUUUUGUGACUUCCGUUUGUUGGAACAAAGACAGUUCCCCUGAAUUUAGCUGUUAAGAGACCCUGAUGUGUGAUAACUAGAUAUAUAGUUAGAUUAUAAAGGUAAAGGUACCCCUGCCCGUACGGGCCAGUCUUGACAGACUCUAGGGUUGUGCGCUCAUCUCACUCUAGAGGCCGGGAGCCAGCGCUGUCCGCAGACACUUCCAGGUCACGUGGCCAGCGUGACGAAGCUGCUCUGGCGAACCGGCACCAGAGCAGCACACGGAACGCCGUUUACCUUCCCGCUAUAAAGCGGUACCUAUUUAUCUACUUGCACUUAAGGGUGCUUUUGAACUGCUAGGUGGGCAGGAGCUGGGACCGAAUGACGGGAGCUCACCCCGCCGCGGGGAUUCGAACCGCCGACCAUGCGAUUGGCAAGUCCUAGGCGCUGAGGUCUUACCCACAGCGCCACCCGCGUCCCUCUAGUUAGAUUAUACCAAUAGGUAAUUUACUCCUUUCCCAAGCCAUCAUCUUGCAUAUGUGCCUGGCUUUGGUUGGUGCACCUUUGGUUUCCAAAAAAAAUUAAAACAUAACCCACAAAUCUAGUUGCCCAUUCUUGCUAUAUUUUACAAUGAUAAAUUAUCCAAAUUUGUUGCCAUGUCUUCAUUGUGAAGUAGUAAUGUUCAUUUACUAAACACGCUUACAAUCUAAAAAUGAUAUUUUGUUGUUUAUGUAUGAUAAUGGUCACGUCUCCUCUACAUGGUGGUUUCUAAACUCAUGGUAUAAAUGUCCUUUGCUUAUCACAAUGGUGAUCAUCUUCAGUUUUCAACUCCCCACUUUUUUCAAACUGGAGAAAUUAAAAUCUCAUUAGGUUACAGUCCUAGUCUCCUGGAUGCUGGUGACUGGUGUUGGGAGUUAGAAUGAUGUGUAAUUGUCUGCUGAUGGAGAAGAAUGCCACUGGUGGGUGAUGUGAUAAGACUGCCAUAUUUCACAGUAGCCAGUGAAAUGGAUUGUUUUGGGGCAGGGCACCAGAGGCUUUGAAUUUACUGGAUCCAAAGCCCCACAGAUCCCUAAGGAGCCUCUGUCUGGAGCUACUACAGCAGAAAAGAAAGAAACCUUUCACCCCCAUCUUUUGUCAUGGCUGGCAGAAGCCAACAGGGCUUCUGAGUACCAGUUGCUGGGAAUGACAGGUGAGGAGAGUACUUUUGUGCUCAGGUCCUGCCUUUGGGGUUCCCACAGGUAUCUUGUUGGCCAGUGUAAGAACAGAAUGCUGGACUAGAUGGGCAUUGGCCUGAUACAACAGAAGUACUGUUGGUAGAUGGGACUGUUGGGUUUACAUCAAAUUUUGAAUGAGGCUGCACUCUCCUGAAAGAGCAGGUGGGUAGCUUGGGGAUGCUCCUUGAAGCAGUGCUCCUGUUUGAUGUAUGUGUGGCAAAGGAUGCCUUUUUCCUGCUUCAGCUGGUACACCUACUACAACCCUUCCUGAUAAAAGGUGGACCUUGCUGCAGUCAUUUAUUCUGUAUUGACUUCUAGAUUAGAUCACUAUAACAAGCUGUACGUUGAGUCUGCCAUUAAAAAGCAUUUGGAAACUUCUGUUGGAGCAGAAUGUUGAUGGGAGCUUUGAUUCUAUCACAUUGGUUCUCUGUGAUUUUUACUGAUCUUGCCCUGAAAGCCCUUAAUAUAUUGGGGUAGUUUAGGAACUUUCUCUUUGCAUAUGUUCCUCCUCACAUUCUUAGAUCUUUAAACCUCAGAAGGUACAUUGGUGUCAACUGCAGAUAGGACAUUUUCUAUUGUGACUUGUACAUUCAUUACAGUCUCCUCAGAAAAAUAGGUGGGAUAGAAAAUGUAAAACGGGGAUUAUAAACCUACAAAACAAGGGGGGGAAACAGCCCAUCCUCAACAGCUGCGUACAUACCUCAUAUCCAGUUUUCUUAAAAUUUUGUAUAUUUGUUGAAGGAUCAAAACUAAGUUUAAAUCUAAAUUUUAAAAUUUUUCUUUCAUCCUGUUUUCAUUUGAACUUUUUAAAAAAUGACAAUUUUUGCCUUGCCAAAAUCCUUAAAAGCCGAGCCCAGAAUUCAGACAUUUCAAAACUAAAAAUACCAAUCUCUUCACAACUUCAUAGGCUUUAAUAUGAUAUGUCACAUGAUGGACUUACUUUAAAUGUUAAAGUUAAGUUACAAAAUUUAAAAUUUAAAAAUGACUAAAAUAUGAUUUUUUAAAAAAUCUGAAAAAUGUAUUUAUUAUUUCAUAUUUCUAAGAGCUACUUGAAACUUUCAUCUUGGGAUCUGAAAGCUACAGACAGCUUUCAGGGUCACAUGGCCAGCAUUACCAAACUGCUUCUGGUGCAAGGAACACUGUGCCAAGUGCCAGAUGCAUGGAAAUGCCAUUUGCCUUUCUGCCACAGUGGUACCUAUUUAUCUACUUGCACUGGUAUGCUUUCAAGCUGGCAGAAGCUGGAACAGAGCAAUGGGAGCUCACCUCGUUUUGCAGAUUUGAACUGCCAGCCUUCUGAUCAGCAGGCCCAAGAGGCUCAGUGGUUUAGACCACAGCGCCACCCAUGUCACUGGAGAACAGACUGGGAAAACUCUGCCUCUUGUACUUACCACUCACACCUCAGUUAGAUGGGGGAACCGAAGCUAGAUAAUGUUGUCAUGGUGGUUCUUAAGAUGUUCAGGUCCCAACAGUUUCAAAGGUAAGAACCAGCACAUUAAAUUAAAACUGUGGUUAAAUGGGUAACCAAUAAAGAUUGAACGACAAGAGCAUUUGAUGCAUUUUAUGUUCUUUUACGUAGCAAAUUAAGUUUAGAUUGCAUUGUGUGUACAGCUGCCCUAUACCCACAGGUCCCAGGGCGGUUCCUGCUCUCCAGCUCUCUCUCGCCCUCUCUCUACACACAUCUCUUUGUUCAACUAGAGUUUAAGCUCUGGGGCUGGCUGAAGACUGGAGGACACUGAGAAAAGUGGCUGCUGCUGUGCUUCCUUGCACAUCAGCUGUUAGGCGGGGAGGCUGAGCAGUCUAAACAAAGCCCUGCAGCACCUCCAGUCUCUUUGGGGCUUCCUCUGCCCUCGUUGACAUCCUCUUUGGGCUCCAGAGAGGGUCUCUUCACAAGCCAUGAGGACUAACUCUCUCCCGCCAUUUCCUGAUUUGAAUUUAUUUUUUUCUUUCCCAGCACUGUGCAGUCACACAGAAGUGGAAGCGAUGCCUGCAUUAAUUUUUUUAUUGGAUUUUUUUUAUCUUGUCAGUAUAUCAGGUUGGCUAUUUUCUUUUAAAUAUUUAUAUUCCGCUUUUCCAGGCAAAGCCUGUUCAAACAAUAAGGAGUUACAACUGUAAAAAAAAUACUCCAGGAAAAAAGAUAAAAUGCAUUCAGAAACUUCCAUACCAUCUGAUUAGCUCUCAGACUGGCAUCCUUUAUCAGUGCUGAAUUGAAGUAGAGUUAAAUGGAUCAAUCUUGUGUAUAUCUACUCAGAAUUGAGCCUCACUCAUACAUUUUCUAUUACUGGGGAAUGAUCAGGAGCUCACCAAGUUAGUGGCUAAAUAUCUCUAAUCGGGUUUUUGUCGUCGAAAUACACUGCAGACGUCUUAUCUCCCUGGAGACUUAGAGAUGUGACGAUAGACUGCUCUGCCUCCUUUCUUUUAGCAAAUGUUUUGUGCCACUGGGUAAGUGGUAAUUCUGUAUUGAUUUGUUUUGGAUGUUUUUAUGUGAUGCCAAUAAAAGGUUUGAUGUGACUGUAUGGCACUGUAACUGUAUGGCACUGUAGCCUCAGGCACUUUCAUGUGAAUAAGUCCUAUUCAUAGAAUCAUAGAAUCUUAGAGUUGGAAGGGACUCAAGGCUCAUCUAGUCCAACCCCCUGCUAAAGCAUCCAUGUCAGAUGGCCAUCCAGCCUCUGCUUAAAAAGCUCCAAGGAAAGAGAGUCCACAACCUCUUGUGGGAGUCUGUUCCACUGCCGAACAUCUCUUAUGGUCAGAAUCUUUUUUCUGAAUGUUUAGUUGGAAUCUCCUUUGUUGUAACUUGAAGCCACAAGAAGUGGGACUUCUUAGUAGAAAUGUUUAGGACUGUGCUCUUGAGCAGCCUGAGCAGCCUUCUAAUUUGCAAUCGCCUUUCCACCGGGAGUUUGCAUUUAGAGCCAAAUUAACAAAUGAUAUAAGUGUGUAGACCACCACUGAGCCUCUUGGACUUGCUGUUUGAAAGGUUGGCAGAUUGGAUCUGCGUAAUGGAAUGAACUCCCAUUGCCCUGUCCCAGCUCCUGCCAACGUAGCAGUUCGAAAGCACACCAGUGCAAGUAGAUAAAGAGGUACCACUGUGGCGGGAAGGUAAAUGGCACUUCUGUGCGCUCUGGUUUCCGUCAUGGUGUCCCGUUGCACCAGAAGCGGUUUAGUCAUGCUGGCUGCAUGACCUGGAAAGCUGUCUGUGGACAAACGCCAGCUCCCUUGGCCUGAAAGCGAGAUGAGUGCCGCAACCCCAUAGUUGCCUUUGACUGGACUUAACUGUCUAGGGGCCUUUUACCUUUACAAGUGUACAAGAGACAAAGUGCAGGCUGAAUUCAUCUUAUAUUGGCCCUCAUUUAUUAUAAAGGUAAAGGUAAAAGUUAGGUCCAGUCGUGGAUGACUCUGGGGUUGCGUGCUCAUCUUGCUCUGUAGGCCAAGGGAGCCAGCGUUUGUCCACAGACAGCUUCUGGAUCAUGUGGCCAGCAUGACUAAGCCGCUUCUGGCAAACCAGAGCAGCGCACAGAAACGCCGUUUACCUUCCCGCCAGAGCGGUACCUAUUUAUCUACUUGCACUUGACAUGCUUUCGAACUGCUAGGUUGGCAGGAGCAGGGACCGGGCAACGGGAGCUCACCUCGUCACAGGGAUUCGAACCGCCAACUUUCUGAUUGGCAAGCCCUAGGCUCUGUGGUUUAGACCACAGUGCCACCCGCGUCCCUUUCAUUUAUUAUAACCACAUUUUAAUAUACUACUUGGUUUUUCAAUGUCAUAGUUAAGGUGGUAACUUCACAAAUUUAUUUAUUUAUUGCCCACCCUUUACUCUAACACUCCAGCAUUAAAACACAAUAUUAAAAGCAAUCUGCAGCCAUAAAAAUAAGAUGUGUCCUAAAAAUAUAUUUCAGGUGUCAAAAGCAAGAGUUAGGUGUGUCUUCAGCAUUCCCCAAAAGCUGUAUGAUGAAGGUGCCAGACACACUUAUUGAGAAAAUCUGUACUGGGCUUCUAAACUGAGAAUCUUUGUUGUAUUAGCCUUGUUGAUGUUUAAAAAUGUGUAGAAUAAAAUAUGUAGCAUUUUUCAAGUAUUUUAAAGAGGAAAGUGGUGAGCCACAUAUACAUUAAUCCUUCAUCAGCCUUCGUCUUCUGAGGAGUAACUGGAUCAAUCUUCCCUAUCAUGCCCGGGAUUAGAGGCAUCCAGUAAAAGUGAAAGAGGUUAUUCCUGCUUCUCUCUAUUUUUAAAGACAAAUGCAAACUUGUGAGCGGUGUCAAUCUCACAUCACAAGUUAUUUGUAUACGACAUUAAAACUUUGGGUGGGAGAUACAGUGUCUCUCUUGCACCUAGCAUGAUGUAAGAGACCCCUCCUUUUCUGCUGUGUGGAGAAUUUGUGGGAAUUAUAUAUUACUUUGCUGUGGGCUUCUAGGAGCAAAUGGUGGCCAGAAAGAAAAUUUGUCAUUACCAUUGGCAACUUCUUUUGUGGAUUCCUGAUCUGAUACAAUUGAGUUAUCUCUUACGUUUGUUCUGUAUCAGGUACUAGUAUUCCUUGUGAAAUGAGGCAGACUGCUGAAAGAAAAGACUGCAAAAUGCUGUGAUAAAAAUGAAAAUGUUGAACCUCCAGUUGACUUCUAAGCGUGUAGAAGUACUGGCUUCAGAAAAUUAAGAUGACUGCACAAUAGUCUGGAUUUUAUUUUUUAAUUUCUUAAGAGAAUCAGUUUUUAAUAUUUGACACAAGGAAAAAAUCAAGCUGAAAUGUAAUCUGACAUGCAGAUGUUAAGUGAUAAACUACAUUAGCAUUUCUACCAGAGAUUUACUUUUUUGCGAACUAGAAAAAGUUUAUUCUGUAAACCCACUGUGUUCUGCAGUCACUAUUGGAAUAUGUAACUAAAUCUGGACAUUCUAUAAUCCACAGCAAUGUGAUUUGAACUGGUUUGGGUUUUUUUUUAGUGUAACUUUUAAUUGAAAAAUUUCCCCAGGCUAAUUCAGAUGCAAUGCUAAAUCAUAGUGGGGAACUUCCAGGCCACAGAUGUCAGGGCCUGGGCAGAGGAAGAAAGGUGGAGGCUGCCUCCCCAUCCUGACCCUUCCAGGAAGGAGGAAGAGGAAGAGGAAGACAGUUUUGAUUUACAACAGGGGUUUGAGGGAGGUCGCAGCUCAGAGGCAGAUGAGGGGGAAAGUUGAGAAAUAAUGGGAGAGAAGGAGGAGAAAGCAGCUGACGGACACAGUGUCUUUAGAAAGCAUUCCAGACCCCCUUCUCCCAGAACCCGGCAAGCCUGAAAGUAGGAGAGCAAAGAGCUCAAAGACAGAGGGGGACGUAGCAGCACCCGUGGAGGAGACAAAUGAGGAAGUGGGAGAGAGGGAGGUAGAGAUUUACUCGGGACAACACCAUUAUCCAAAAGGCUGGGUUCUAUAGCCUCGCUCUGUAGAUACUGAAUAAAAAUAGGACGGUAAGAAACAUUUCCUUGGCUUUGCACGUUCCUGGGCAACCAGCCGGGAGUUGUUGGCAGCAGCCUGAGAAAAGACCUCAUUAUUCCUAUGAGGCCUCUGAAAUUGACCCACCAGGCCAUUUGGGGCAGAUCAUUCUGAUCUUCCUCAUGUUUGAUGUGGUAUGAUUACAGGUGAUUGAUUGAUUCAUUCCAGUCCCAUCCUGUUGCUGAAAGUGGCCUGUGUAGGGUUUGCCUCUUGAUCAGCCCUUCUGACUGGAAGUGAUUCCUCACCCCUCCUUUAGCAUUACAAGAGCAUGCCUAGGUUAGACUUGGGCUCAUGUGCUCCUCCUUCCUCCUGCAGUGUGACCAUGAGGAAGAGUUUGGAAACUUUUCCUUCUGUUUUUGAGUAACCGCAGCUUGUUGUGUUGCCCAAACCUGGGCAGGCAAACUGCUGGUUAACCUUAACUGCUUUAUGGAACAAUCCAACUUCACAACAUAAUUCCAAAAUCAGGUUUGUUUAAGCAAACCAUAGUUAAGUUUUAGUAUUCAGCUGUAAUUCUAGUACAGUGGUACCUCGGGUUACAUAUGCUUCAGGUUACAGACGCCACUAACCCAGAAAUAUUACCUCGGGUUAAGAACUUUGCUUCAGGAUGAGAACAGAAAUCAUGUUCUGGAGGCGCAGCAGCAGGAGGAGGCCCCAUUAGCUAAAGUGGUGCUUCAGGUUAAGAAUAGUUUCAGGUUAAGAACGGACCUCCAGAACGAAUUAAGUUCUUAACCUGAGGUACCACUGUAUUCAGUUUUAGCAUUCAGAAGUAAUUGUAAACUGUGAUUAAUCUGAAAUGGAAGCUUAAAAUUGUUAAGGUUUUUGUUGUCAGCUUGUUGUUUAUGCUGGCUCUUAAACAUUGUCUUACUCAGAAUUUUACUGCCCUGAAAAAUGUGUAAGAAGGCCAGAGUUGGGAUAUAAAUUAAUAAAUGAAUUAAGGGCAGCAUAUGAAUCAUAGUUCACAGAAAUGUAGAGUUGGAAGGGACCCUCAAGGGUCAUCUAGUCUGCAAUGCAGAAAACUCAGAUGUGAGGAUUAUUACUGAUUGUGUGGCAUUAGUGCCACAGUUCUUUGGGGGCUGUUCUGUGAGAUUAAUGUUUCUGGAAAACUGACAAAGUAGCUGUCAUGCGGAUGUGUUUCCAGUAGAUUACAUUCCAAAAUCCACAGUUGAGCUAUGUCUUUAUUAGAGCCAACCCAAAUAUCACAAAAUAAUGAAUUAGUUUUUGAUUUCUUCAUUAUUCACCAAACAAGCUCACUUGAAGGUGCAGCCUUUGUGGCUUCAACAUCAAGACAGCUUGUUUUUCUCUCCACUCUUUGUUUGCUUAGCAUCUAUCCUGAAGAACUCAAAAGCUUGCUAGAUGUUUUGUCACACUUUGACUGUUAUGAAGAUGUUGUCUGACUGAUGGCUUCCUUUCAUUUUAAUGGAUUAUAUGUGAUGGUUUUAUCAUAAGAACUGGCCCCUGAGAGUUUAUGCUUUACUUUUACUGUCAUCUGCAUGGCAGCCUGUUGUCUCUAGACCACCAUGGUGGUAUUGUCAUUGUGAAUUUUGGGUAGCCUUAAGAUUUUAGACCAGUAUUCUCCAACCUGGUGUCCUCCAAACAUUUUGGACUAAAAUGUCCAUAAUCUCUAACCACGGGUGAUGUUGGCUGAGGCUGAUAGGAGUUGUAGUUUAAAAGGUGACUAAUAUAAAUUUAUUGAUUUCAUUGGGUUCCAUUGGCUACUCUGUUAGAUAUACUCAUUAAGAAAACAAUGUGGAUUAAGAAUAGCAAAGCAAACUAAGUGAUUUGAUUGAAAAUCCUAGGCCAAAUCUUCCUACUUCCUUCUAAAUAUUUGGCCUUUUCCCAAAUUCAUCCAAGUUACAUAGUUUAAGAAAGAAUUUCUAAGUUUCCUACAAUGUCCUAACUUCUAACAUUUUUGGAUAAAGUUCUUAAUUACCUAAUUGGUGCUAUAGGCCAGGGUGCUCUUGUCUUCAUCUGGAAAGUUAGACAGGAACAAAGGGGGAAAUGAGUCACUCUGCAAACAACUUUGGGACCACAUAUUUUCCAUCUUUUAUGUUAAUUGAAUUCCUUACAUAGGUGAGCCCACCUAUGUUGAUAAUGGCUGUCCAUAGUCUAACCAGGGAAAUCAUAAUUGGACUGUUGUGUACCCUAGUCUCUCUGAUACAUUCUGAAUUUUUUUCCAAAACAGUCAAAUAAUGUUAUGAUUCCACAUUUGCUGAGACAUUCAUUAUUCUCUUAGUAUCUUAUUAGCCAUGAUGUUUUCUUUACCCUUGCAAGGUUCUUAUCCAGGCAUAGGCAAACUCCAGCCCUCCAGAUGUUUGGGACUACAGUUCCCAUCAUCCCUGACCACUGGUCCUGUUAGCUAGGGAUGAUGCCUGUUCUUAUCACUCAAACAUGCUUUCCUCCUUUGUUAUAUUAAAUAUAUAUCCUUCUUUAUCCCAGGAGUUCAGUGCAAGUGACAGCAUACUUAAAAAGUUCUAAGCAUAAAAAAUACUUGCAAUUGUAAACUUGGUAAAGGACAUAUUCAGCUAAAUCAUUGAGAUGGAAACAAGCAUAAUGAUUCCCACUAGUGCAACAGGACCUUCCACCCUUUCUUACCUGCCUCACACCCUUAUCAGAUCUGCUCCAGAGAGUCAGGAGAACCCCCAUUGGACCAGCAGUGUUCACACUUGAGGGAAUUGCAAUUUUAGAAUGCAGUAUAAUUUAUCAACACAAAUCAAUGGGUUUUGAUAAUGUCAUCAGGAUUAAGUACUUUGCAGUACGGUAUUUGUGACAACCUCUUUUUAAGAGUUGCGAGAUUCUUUUUUCUACUGAAAGUGAACUGAUUUUUUUAUAUAUUCACCUUGUGUGUCCUACACUCUAAUAGAUAGCAUGACACAAGCAGCUGGAAUUGGCCUGAUUUGAAAGUAGUUGAAUGAAAAGCCCUGUCACAAGCUGUUCUGGUUGAAGGUAACAAAAUAUUUCCCAUACGAAUCCAUACCUUUUUUUCCAAUAGCCCUUUUCUUCAACAUUGGGGAAUGGUUUUCUACUUCAGUUUUUUUUCUAUUUUGCUUGUAGAGAAAAGAACCAAAAAUGGCACAUCGCAAGGAGUGAUAUAAGGAAGUAAUCACUAGUGGAACCCCUGGGCCUGAAAUCCAGAAUAUAGACUGAGGUCAGAUCUAGAUUCACCAGACUUUGUGGGGAGCAGGAGAGUGGCAAUGACUAUGUACCCACUCUGAAUAUAGACUUGUAACUUUGAUAAGACACUACAAAAAGGAUAGCCCACAUUCAUGGUGUUGUAAUAAGGGCUCUUCAUAGACAUGAGCUAGUUCCUCAGGUAAAAUAGUUGGUUUAUUAUUAUACAGUGGUACCUCGGGUUACAGACGCUUCGGGUUACGCCUUUUCAGGUUACGGACGCGCCAAAACCCAUAAGUACCGAAAUGGGUUAUUUCCGGGUUUCGGCGCAUGCGCAGAAGCACCAAAUCACGUCACGCGUGUACGCAGACGCGGUGCUACGGGUUGCGAAUGUGCCUCCCGCAUGAAUCACAUUCGCAACCUGAGGUUCUACUGUAUUGCCUUCAUUCUACCCUUCUACAGAGCUAUGGGUGGCGUACAUGAUUUAUCCUUGCAACAAUGUUUUGAGAUACAUUACAUGGAUACUGUGACUGGGUUUAAGUGAGGUUCAUGGCCAAGCUGGAGAUUCAAACCCAAGUUUUCCAGGUCCAGAUUUACCACUGUUCACUUCUCAUGAAAUUCUGGCCCAUGCACAGUGACCAUUCUAGUGAGAUUCUUCUGUGAACCUCAUUGUAAGUGUUUGCUCGCUUUUCCAGGGCAGAAGUAGAAAUGUGACAUGUUCUCUGUCCAGAAUUUCUUAUCUGUCUUUUUCAAAAAUGCUCUGCAUUGUCUACAGAACAGCCAUAGGACUUACAAAGUCAUAUUAGCUUUUGGAAUGGGGUAAGGGAAUGGCUGAGAGAAUAUUAGUCAUCUUUAAUAUAAUAUAUCCAAAGAGGUUAUAGUAAGAAGACAUCUUAGUGGUAUAUAUAAACAGGCUUCUUCAUUCUAAGAAAGUUCAAAUGACAACAAGUUGUGCUAGUAUCCUGCCACAACAUGGUUAGUAGAGCUGUUACUAGCUCCCAUUUCAGUACAGGAUGAAUGGAUCACAGUUAAGUCAUUAUGAGGCGCUUAAGUUGGGCUUUGUUCUUGUCAGCCAAUCACUGGGCUUGCACUUGGUUGCUUAUUUGAAUAGCCAGACCUAUAUAAGAUUAUUUCAGGGGACAGGGUAUGAGCAUUUUCAGGCAGGCAGGGAGUUUGGCUGUGUGAACUUAAAGUCAAACAAUGGCUGCUACCACCCGGAGAACCAGGAAAAAAAGCCAGGUGCAUCGAAGGCCACGGUACAGGACACAGUAUAGGCAGAGAAGGCCCAGAGGGGGAAAGAUACCUGGGAGGCGUGCAAAGCAUGGCCAUGGAAAGAAGCUCCCUGACAGAAGGCCCUCCAAGAAAGCACAGAAACUGCGGCUUGACAGUGUUCGAAUGACCAAUGAGGCCCAGAACAUCCUUCAUUUCUGUGUGCAUGACCUCUACAAGAAGGUGUCCUUGGCUGCUGAGCGCUUGAGGAAAAAGAAGCGCCAUGUCUCUAUUACUGUCUCGGAUGUAAGAAAUGCCCUGAAAAAGAUCAUGCCAAGGAAGUAUGACAGAAAGUCUGUAUCCUCCAUUUCCUGCAAAUGCCGUUAGAGACAUCUCUCCCCUUUCCUGUGACAGGCUUAGAAAUGAAGAAAGAAGGGAAAGGGGGGAAGCACUAGCCUGAGAGAAAAUCCAGUACUUUGCCUGCCUGAAAAAACACCACCUUCAAAUUUCCAAGCAAUCCUGUAACCUACCUUUUUAUUACUGGAUCAACAUCACCACUAAUAAUGAACUUGAGGAAGGGCAGAAUCUGGCAUUCUGAAGAUCAUGACAAGAUGAUUAUCAUAUUGCCCUUAUGCUGACUCAGGGAGAUGGAUUAUUGGGUGUUGGAAGAAAAUGACUGUCAAGUUGUGGAAUAUCAAGGACUCUAAUCAGCCACUGUGGAGCAUGUGAGGUGUUCCCUAAAGGGAGACAUAUUCCCUUUUUCAAUAAAACAGGAUCUGUGCAGGAGAACUCAUUUCACUGUGUCUUUAAUAUUCUGGUUCUUCAGAACUAUACAUUUAUUAGGGGAAGGCUAGUUUAUGUAGUUUAUGGAGGCUGUGUUUUGCAUACUCUUCAGAACUUGUAAUAAUGUUUGACUACGGACUUUUAUAAAAAUAAGUGAUAUCAGAAUUAGAUAGAAAUGGAAUAUGUAGGAUGCAACACAUUGGCAUUUUAUCACUGAAUAUUGUUGUAAAUAUGUCUUGAAUUGCAUUGCCUUCUUUAAAACGGUGGAAAAGGAAUUUUAUGUUAGGACAUAAAUUAUGUUAGGACAUUGUGUUAGGGGCUUUAUCUGAGAAUAUGUCCAUAUUGGUCCCAACCCAAAGAUUACCUGAUAAAGGGUUUUUUUGUUUACUCACCUUUUGCCAUGUAUGUUCAGUAUCGUAGCAGCUGUUAUUUUAAAAUGGUGAUUAGGUAGUGAAUUGCACUGGUUCUAUUCCUAGUGUUGCUUCCUUAGAUGGAAAGAUGUUGCAAGUAGGCAUUUUGGGAAAUACAGUAAGCACUUGAAUUGUUAACCUUUUAGGGUGCAUUAUAUAAAUUGUAAUAACUGCUAGUUGCCCCAGCUGCAAAUCCAUAGAAAAAUUUUAUUGCACCAGAAGAAAAGAGAGAUUAUAUCCUUACAUCAGGGAUAUUAUGUGCAUAUGCCCUAUGGUGACUCCUGGGGAUAGGCACCCCCAAACAUCAGGCUUGAUGGCUAGAAUUUAUUAUUGGAAACCCUUUUCUCCCUUUGUCAGUGCUUUUUCUCCUUGCCUAAGAAAGCUCCUCUCUAAUCUCAGGGCUUCCCAGAUUACCAUGUUGUAUUGCUUUAGGACCUAACAUUCAGGUAAUUCAGUGUUGUGAAACCCAUACCACACCAACAUAGUUUGCUCCUUUACUCAAGUAACUAAAUUGAUAGAGAAGGACUGUAACCACUGUAGAAAAGGUCUGGCUUUGUGGACAAGAAGAAACAAUUAUGAAGAAGGUUCAAAAUAUGGGUAGGCAAGCAGUAGGUGGCUGAACCUGAAAAAGAUAGAGUACCUGUGAAUAUCGGAACCCCCGUUAGGGACUGGUGGGGUUUUUUGGUUCGCUUUUUUAUCUGCCACUUGAGGGACCCAAUUCUGCUUAUGUUUGCUGACCAGGAUAUCUUUUCCGUCAUGUUUAUUAGUGGAAAUGUUUAGUAGUUUCAUGUUUAUUAGUUGAAACCGUUGUGUGUCUGUCAGGGCACUCGAAAAUAGGGCUUGGGAACCAAGAACUAUCUCUCACCCUGUGGGUGAUCUGGGAGUGCGGAGUGCUCAGCCCUUGCCCUCUGAUUUUGCCUGUGAAGCUUGAGCAGAAGGGUGGAAAGAGGUGUACUGGCCAGGAAGGAAAAUUGCUAGCAGUUCCUAAGAACAGAACGUGACAAAUGCAGCAAGGACAAAUGCUGUACAGUGGUACCUCGGGUUAAGUACUUAAUUCAUUCUGGAGGUCCGUACUUAACCUGAAACUGUUCUUAACCUGAAGCACCACUUUAGCUAAUGGGGCCUCCUGCUGCUGCCUCACCGCCGGAGCACAAUUUAUGUUCUCAUCCUGAAGCAAAGUUCUUAACCUGAAGCACUAUUUCUGGGUUAGCGGAGUCUGUAACCUGAAGCGUAUGUAACCUGAAGUGUAUGUAACCCGAGGUACCACUGUACUUGAGAAAGAAGAAUCAAACAGCAAGUAUAAACUGACAUCCAGGAAAAAAUUAGGGAUUAUAAGAUUACAACUGGUGCAUGACUUAGCCCUGUUGUGCUAUCACUGUUGCAGUGGUAGUUUGUAUCUAAAAGAACAUAAUUUCUGAAACUCUUGAGGAGUAACAUGGGACACACUUUACUGGGGAUAGCCCUGAUGCAAGCUCUACUGAAAAAGGGUCAUCUAUUCCACCUUAGUUCACUUUAGUUCACUUUUAUCUGUUAGCUGAAGCCUGUCAUGCACUGAGUUAUGUGAAGACAUGUGGAGCAAAGCUGCUGGAAGGCAAGGUGCUAACCCUUAUGAAUUAUGGGUUCCACCUAACCCGGCUCCAUCUUUUUCUCCCAACUCCAGAAUUCUAUGAUUCCACGAUUCUUGUAAUUUUCUUUUUAAAGCAGAAGAUUUUAUGAUUCUAAGAUUGCUGUUCUUAGGCUAAUGCAGCUGUGUCUUUCAAGGCAUGGAUUUCUGACAACACUGUGUCACCGAGACAGGCGUUGCUAUAAUUGUGGGAUGUGUGUGUAUAUAUAAAGAAUGAGGAAGUAAUAAACUUAAAACUUGUAGUUAACACAGUAGACUAGCUCUGACAACUUCUGUUCUUAAUAUUUUGUUAAGUAAAGAAUAUUAGCUCAAGUGUGUGCCUAUGAUAAUCAAGGAGCUUCAGAAGCAAAAGUAAGGUCCAGUUUUUCAAUGCUCAAACUUCUCUACCACUAUCAUGUGGCAUAUUUUACUUGAUCAGAAGAGAGUCUUUGUUUCGCUGUAUAGCUGUGGAAAUUCUGUGUAACAGAAACUCGGAAAGUUUCAUGUAUGUUGCAACUGAGUCGUUCUUUUUGUAAAGGUGUAGUUGUGAUUUUAACUUUGAGAGCUGUUUGAAUUGUGAAUGCUUUGCAGGGCUGUUAGAAUGAGGAUUUUGAAGUGCAGGAGACAAAUUUUUAUUUGUCUGUUAUUACAAAACAGCGGGUUUUGAUAUAUUUUGAAAUAAAUGUCAGUUGAACAAAAAAUUGCAGACCUGCAGUAAAUUGGCUUGUGGUUCUUUUUGGGAAAGUGUUAACUACAUUUGUUAAUGGGGAAAUGCCAGUGGUGUAUUUUGUGAUUUAAAAAAAUAAAACCUUUAUGGUAACCUAUGUGUACCAGAAAAAAGUAUAAUUCUGCAACCUGUAUAAUUUUUGAUAAUCUGCUGCAUUUAUAUGGCUGUUUUUGCAUGAUUUUUAAACUUCUGGAGCGCCUCAGUUGGGGUUGGGGCACUGUGCUUUAGUGGUUUUGCUCCUAUUCCAGGGCCAUUUCCAGAAAGCAGUUAGGGAAGGCUGCUUUUCAGGCCCAUGGGAGUUGUCCUGUGGUGUCCUGCAUGGUUCCAUCUUCUUCUGCCAUUCUGUUUCAUAUCUCUGUGCGGCCUCUGAGCUGUCAUCUAAUUUGGAGUGAAGUGCUAGCAAUAUGCAGACAACACCCAGCUCUGUUUCUCUGUUCCAUCUGAAUCAGAAGAGAUGGUUGAGGUGUUAGAUCAGUGGUUGGAGGUGGUGAUGGACUGAAUUUGAGCAGUGUUAGAAAUUCAGAUAUACAGUCAUGGAAAAAAGAAAGUGCACCCUCUUUUAAUUCUGUGGUUUUAUGUAUGAGGACGUAAUAACAAUCACCUGUCCCUUAGCAGGUCUUAAAAUUAGGUAAAUGCAACCUCAGAUGAACAAUGCAUGACAUAUUACACUGUGUCAUGAUUCAUUUAACAGAAGUAAAGCCAAAAUGGAGAAGGUAUAUGUGAAAAACUAUGUACACCUUAUGAUUCAGCAGCUUGUAGAACCACCUUUAGCAGCAGUAACUUUAUGUGAGCAUUGCACGGUCUGACCUUGGGGUGAAUUUGCUGGGACUUCCACUCCUGGAAAGAUUGGCACCUGUCUUGGAUGUUUUCCACUUUUGAACAAUCUUUCUCACUGUAAGAUGACUGACUUAAAAUUGGUUGGAGAUGGCCUUAUAACCCUUCCCAAUUACAUGGGCAGCAACAAUUGCUUCUCUAAGAGCAUUGCUAAUGUCUUUCCUCCUUGGCAUUGUGUUAAAACAUACCUGAAUGCUUUAGACCAGUGAUCCCCAACCUUGGGCCUCCAGCUGUUUUUGGACUACAAUUCCCAUCAUCCUUGACCACUGGUCUUGCUAGCGAGGGAUGAUGGGAGUUGUAGUCCAAAAACAGCUGGAGGCCCAAGGUUGGGGAACACUGCUUUAGACCAGCAAACUGCCAAAACGUCAACUUUUCUAGAGGAGGUUACACUUGCUGGUGAUCAAUUAAGUAAGGACAUUUGAUUAGCAGCACCUGUUUGCUACUUAGCCCCUUAAUUUCUAUGGAAACAGUAAGGGUGUACUUAGUUUUUCACACAUGGCUUUUCCAUUUUGGCUGUAAAUCAUGACACAGUGUAAUAUGUCAUGCGAUGUUCAUCUGAGGUUGUAUUUACCUAAUUUUAAGACUUGCUAAUGAACAGAUAAUUGUUAUUAUGUCCUCAUAUGUAAAACCGCAGAAUUCAAAGAGGGUGCACUUUUCCCCAUGAUUGUAUAAGCUAGGGGCCAAAUCGCUCCUUAAACCAAGGUUAUAGCUGCCAAAACAGAAUGUCUAUUUGCCAUUUGGGGGCAAAAUGGCUCUGAAGUCUUUAUUUUUCAAUUGAUGAACUGACUGCGGUUGAUUUUCAGUUAAACACUUGGCUACUUCAGGUGGCAACUUUGAACAAGCUUAAGAACUUUGAGAACUUAAAGCAGAAAAGUCAUUUUAUCCAGGGACAAUCCACCUAUUCCAUCCUCUUUUUCUUAAUGGUGACAUGGACCAUUCAUAAUGUAAGAAUAUCCUUCAAAACUGUGAGCAGGACAGUGGAGUGAGGGAAGUGAAGGCAAACUACAACAAUUAAGUAUAACACCAUUCACUGCUCCUGCUGCACAGAAAAAGCAUUUUGGUUCCUAAAAUUCAUUCUGAUUGUGCAGAUAAAAUAUAAUGGAUAGAAUUCUUCAGGAUGUUGUAUUAGUGUGUGAGAACCGUCAAGAUUCAAUGAUUCCCCGGCAUGCAGCUCUAGGGGGUGGUGAUGUCAGGCUCCAUCCUGGCGCCCUGGCAUUUUCACUUGGUUGCAAGUGGCCGAUAGUCUGUUGCAAAUGCACCUGGCGCCCGGCUUAAUUUCAAACACUGGGUGUGAGCCAAUAAACUGAAGCUGACUUGGCCACUGUACUCUGGUGACUUGGGGCUGCCCUUGAAGACAUCUUAGAAACUUUAACUGGUCCAACAUGCAGUGGCCAAAUUAUUGACUAUAUUCCAUAUAGAUAUCACAUGACCACUGUUUUAAAAAGCUGCGCAAGUUGCUGGUUUCUUUUGUGGCCCAAUUCAAGCCCUAUAUGACUCAAGCCCCAAAUACCUGAAAGACUGCCUCCUUCCCUACAGAAUCGGUUAAGAUCAACAGUGGGGCCCUCUUGGUUGUUCCAUUGCUCACAGAAGCUCGGGGUAGUAGUGUGUCGGGAGAGGGCGUUCUCUCUGACAGUCCCUAAGUUGUGGAACUCGCUCCCCACAGAGGUGUAUUGGGCACAUUCAUUAUUUAGCUUUUGGUGAAUGCACCUCUUUACUCUGGCUUUUGACACCUGAGUUGUAUAUUUUUAAGACCCACCUAAAAUUAUAAUUUUUUUUAAAGCUGCUUUUAACAUUGUGUUUUAAUUGUUGUAACCCACCCUGGGACCUGCUGGUGAAGGAUGGGUAAUUAAUAAUGAUUAUUAUUUUUAUUCCUGCUCUGCUAAUCAUGCAGGCAGUGACAACCUGCAUCCUGAUUGCUGAAGUUCCAUGCAAGUUUCAGAGAUUUACCAAACUUUGUCUCUUAUCAGCAGCAAGGGCUGUAAAUGUGUCUUCUUAUAGAUGGUGGAUGGUGAAUCAGGAUGCUGAAAACCAUGACCAAUGCAUUCCCUGUAUUUUACACAUAAUUAAUGAACAUGCACACAUGACAGAUGCAUUUGUUUUGAUCUGUCUAGUUUAAACUGAGCCCUAGGAUCUAGUUGGAUGAUUAUUUACUUGAGGUGUCCUUAAGGCUGUGCACUUGCAGAUAUUGGCUGGUGGAAAUAUAAGAGCUUGUCAUCAUAAAUCAAAAGAACUGUAUGAUUUUUGUGCGCAAAAAUAGGUGUCUUUAAGAAACAAAACAAAAACUGCUCCUCUCACUAAAUGAUUCAUUGCAUAGUUCAACUUUGCCAGGAAGCUUAUGAAAGUGUCUUGAGAAAAACACACAUUACCUCUUGAUUUUAUGGUUACUUCCUGUGAAGCACAAGAAACUAGCAACCUUCUGAGCCAUGAACUUUCUGAGCAUGGAACAUGUAGCUUACUAUCUCCACACUAUGGUAUUUCGGCAAAGCAUUUCAAGGUACUGGUAUAGUAUAGCAGCUAAGAGUAUGGACUAUAAGUCAGGUAGUCCCUGACUUCAGGGUCACUCACAUUGACUACAUACUCAUUUGGUUGACCAUAUACAAGUCUCUAUUUUCCUCCUGUUGUGUGUAUAAUAAAACUGGCUAAGUUUAUGGGAUUGUAUCUAUAGUUGUAUUUGCAUUUUAUGCUAAACAAGGGGUGGCCAAUAUGGUUUCCUGCAUGUGUUGCCAACCCCAGACAACAUGAUCAAUGGCAACAACUAGAGGGCACCAUGUUGGCUACCCCUGUGCUAAAUCAUGGUUCAGUGCAGUGAGCACAAGCCGCAGUGAGCCACAGACACUUCUUCUCCCUUUCCCCCUCCCAUGUUGCCUGGAGGAGUUCAGAAACUUGAUUUCUGUUUCCCUUAAAUUUAGCUGGUAUUUUUGUCAGAACUGGGGAUUGUGAUUUAAUGUUAACCAUGGUCAGUUUCGAAAUAAGCCAACUUUAAACCAUAGGUAAUAAAGCAGUUUUGUUUAAACAAAGUUUUAACUUAAGCAUGAUGUACAAAUGUAGCUACUGUGUCUCAAAUGAUUAUAUAUCUGUAUUUAGUUAUCUAUCUAUCUAUUCUGUCUGCUUUCUCUGAAAGCAGUGUGUGAAAAAUAGUAUGUGAUUCUUUUCUUUUAUGAGGUGCACAAAUACAUCAUGAGAAAACAGUUACUUUAUUGCGAGACCUUAAUACUGUUCAUUCCAACUAGUUUAUCAAGGUCCAGUUGUUGUUAGGUUUUGAAAACAAGGAUAAUCACAUCUGAAGAUAUGAAUGCCUCUGUGGGCAGCCAUGUUAAAAGGUGCAUAGUCUUCAGGGGGGGUCUCUCUAAGAGAAUAUACAUUUUUGAACAUUUAGUAAUUGUAUAGUAAGUAAAUGAAAAAUGCUGUUGUACAAAAUGUAUUUGCUGCGUAACAUUAACUAAUAAUUAGCACUGCGUGAACACUCAAGUUGCUCCGUAAGCACAGCCAAAGCUUGGAAUUGGGGACUGAGUAAAAAUGCCAUAUCUUGAGAAAUGCCAUAUUUUGAGUAUCACAGCCAUUGCCGUCAUCCUCCCACCUUGACCAUCAUCACAGCCAAGCUGCCUAGGAACUUGGUGGUGGUACCAAGUUCCUCGGCAGCUUGGCUGUUAAAGGUGUGUGAGCAACAUUUGGUGAAAUGAACAAAGCCUGGGAUGGGCUUAGAAGCAGUCGGAGGUUGGUGCUUCCUUGCCCCUCUCUGACCAGAAGGAACAAAAUAUAUAAAAUGGUGUGAAAUGAAACAAAUACCGUAUUUUUUGCACCAUAACACUCACUUUUUUCCUCCUAGAAAGGAAGGGGAAAUGUCUGUGCGUGUUAUGGAGCGAAUGCCUGCGGGGGGAUCUGCUGCGGUCGUGAGCAGAGGAUCCAUGGUUCCCCUUCCUUCCCUCUUCCGUGGUUACAAAGCAUGGAUCCUCAGGAUUUUUGCAUUGGGCUACUCCAAACUCACUGUCAGAUCACAUGUCUGUGGCCACAGCAUGAACCACAAAAAUCAUAUAUCCACUAUUUCGUUUAGAAUAUUUUUUUUCUUGUUUUCCUCCUCUAAAAACUAUGUGCGUGUUAUGGUCUGGUGUGUGUUAUACGGUAUAUGCAGUGUUGUAUAACUUAACAGAAUCUAGUGCUACCUCAGCGCAUAGUUUCAAAUUUAUUGAUACUGGUGGUGGACUCAUUCCUUGGAAGUUUUUAAACAGAGGUUGGAUGACCGUCUGUAAUGGAUGCUGUAGCUGAGAUUCCUGCAUUUAAGGGAGUUGGAUUAGAUGCCCCUUGGGCCCCUUCCAACUCUAGGAUUCUGUGGUUGUUCUUGCAGAUAAUCGAAAGGUGUUCCUACUUGUUUGUGUGUGUGUGGGGGGGGAAUUAUUUAUAUUAGUUGUGCAUUCACAUGGUUACCUGUGUUGAGUAAAAAUUCUUUCCAGACAACCAGACAGGAAAGCUUUGUAAAAUGUAUGGCAUUUUAAGCCAGAUGUACCUGAAGGGAUAGGCUUAGGAAAAAUAUUUGUGAUCUAGUAACAUUGUGGGUUGGCCGGUGUUUCCUGCUCUACUCAGGCACUUGAUACACCACCAUGUUGGUAUGUGUUCUGUAGUCCUGUGAGAAAAUAUCCUAGAUGCUUUUGCAUAGCCAGAUGAAACUGCAAAAUCAUGGAAGGUGGGAAAUGCUCACCCUGGCUGCACCUUGUCAGUCUAGUUGUAAUCCUGCCAGUCCUGCCCAUAUUGCCCAAUUUAAUCCAGGUGGACAGAGUUUAUCCCUUAAUAGGUCACGGCUAUGGAAAUAAGAAUAAACACAUCUACUUGGCACAGUGUGCCUGUGCCUAACGCAUGUCACAUGCUGCAGUGAUGGCACAGGGCAGUGUGCUCUGGUAACUGGUAGACGGACAUGGAAUAACAAGUUUUGGAAAAAGGCAUGCUUUCCUUCUUGCAAUAGGAUCCUUUCCAGCACAGAAAUAACAAAUAAGAAGGGGACAAAACAGAAGAAUAAGGAUCCUUAGAUUGAGGCUGUAUUAAGAUGUUUUUUGUGGCCAAGUGAAAAGUUUAGCAUGCUUUCAUCAGUGUGCAUGCUGCUCAAAGGUUCCAUGGCACUUCACCACACCUCCUUUGGCUGUGCUGCAGACAAAACAUACUGGAGUCUGGUUUGUCAUAUCACCUCAACCACGUUCAUUUUCAGCUUAGCACUUAUGGUUUGCUCGGGAAACAAACCACAAGCUUAGGUUCAGAUAAUAUGACAAGGCGGACUCUAGCUUGUUUGUCAAUGGUGCAGUACUCUGGGAAGUUUUAGCAGCAUCUAUUAGCACAUUAAACCAUAGCCUGUUUUUAAACUGUAGUUUAAAUGUGACAUGUGAAUUGGGCCACUGAUUCCAAGGCUGGGGAAAAUUUUUUUUCUGAAAGUUUCACCAAUACUGGGAAUAAAAUGGAACAUGCUACUUCCAAGAAGUCUGUGAAAACCAUUGGAUGCCUUAAUUAAAUAGAUUAAUCCCCUGACUUAUAGUACAACAUCUAUAGACACUAACUUCUUUUUUCUUUCUUUCUUUUGCUUACAUUUCAGGUCAUAUUUCACACUAUGUGCUGACUGUCUGUACUUACAGAAAAUAUUUAAAAACAUUUUUUUUCAAAAAAAAGUUGAUUCCAGUGGAAUCUGUGCUUUAGAUUUUGUCUUGUGAAGUAACGCCUGAAGAAAUGCCUGUACAAGCUCCACAAUGGACGGAUUUUCUUUCCUGCCCUAUUUGCACACAAACAUUCGACGAAACAAUCCGGAAGCCUAUCAGCCUGGGCUGUGGCCACACAGUAUGCAAGAUGUGCCUGAACAAGCUCCACCGGAAGGCAUGCCCCUUCGACCAGACCACUAUCAAUACAGACAUCGAGCACCUUCCUGUGAACUCAGCCUUGCUGCAGCUUGUGGGUGCUCAGGUAAGGGUAUCUUAGCCUGUUUCCCCCCAUCAGAUUUGUUUACUGUGGAAGGAGCAAAUGUAUCUGUAUAUAUAAUGAAAAUGUCAUAAUGUUGUUGCUCUGCAAUUCACUUGGCCACAGACAAGUGGCACUGCUGACUGCAGUGUGAAGAUAGGUGUUGGAUGCCCAGUUGAGUUGCAGAGGGACAGCCAGAACAAGUUGUCACAGAAACCCAACAGCUGUCCUUCACCUUUGCCUGCAAUCUCCAGGCCAGCUGGUGCUGCUACUGGCCACCUUCCUCCUCCUUGGACAGCUUGGCAAUCUGCUUCUUCCACCUCCACCAAUUAAGAUGAAGAGUCAUCCCAGUAGUAGGGCUAGGCAAUAUCUGGUUUUCAACAUUGCAGUAUAUCACCAGCUCAACAUUGUGAUUUAGUGAUAUAUGACAGUGUCUGAAACAUGGAACUAUGUAGGGUGCAGGGGGAGCAGUCAUGAAGAUCACACGGGUGGAGUGGAGAUCAGGCAAAGCAGCAGUCAUGGAGCUUAAUAGGUAUGUGCUAUCUGCACUGUGGAUUCCCCUUCUCAGAGGCAGGCAAGCCCUCAAGUUUGGAGGGUGAACUCCUUCCACUUUUCCCUAGACAGAGAGAGGGGGAAGGACAAAGCAGCCCAACCUGCACCAGGUAGAGACACCACAAUUAUUGGGGGGGGGUGCCCAGGCUGGGAGUGGGACUGUUCUGCCAUUGGAAGGGAAAGGGAGGGAAGCCAGCCAGCCAGCCGCCAGAAGGAUCGCAAGUAUACUGCCCCCUGGAGUUUGAAGGCUGUGUUUUGCAAUACAUUGCCAACUCAAUUGUUUUGAAAUGGUUCUUAUGAUGUGGUCUAUAAACUGGUGUUGGACGAUGUAUCAAUACAUCACCCACCCUACCCAUCAGAAGGAGCUGUGGAGGAAGAGUUGGCCCAGAUGAAGUGCUGUCCAGCACUUCUGGUUUUCCAUGGUGUUCCCCCUACUGAGCCAAUUCUUCAUCCUGCUUGGCUGCAAUGGUGGCAUGAGGUAGAAAGAGGAAGGUCUUAAGGAGUUAGUGGUUGGGGCUAGGAGGUUUGGUGAAUUGUGAAGGGUUUGCUGUGGUCGACAUGAAAAGGUUGGUAAGGUGUUGGGGGGGCUGGCAGGGGUAGGAAGGAUUGAUAAGUGAAGCCCCCACCAUUAAAAAAACCAUGUGCAAAUAAUAGACAAUAGAAGUCAACAAGUAUUUCAGAUCAUGGACUUUUAAAUGUUAUAUUGUUCUCAAGAAGGCAGAUAGAGCAACGUGCAAAUCUUAACUUUGCAAAGUUAUUGCUUUGUUUACAACAUAUGAAUGAUGUAGGCUGCACUAUUUGCCUAAAAACUUGGGUCUAUGGUGCAAGUAAGUUGCCUAAUUGCAACUUGAGGUAAAGUUAUGUACCUGCUUAAAUUCCCAGUGUUUCAGGAGAGAAGGUAGCUUGAGGCCCCUCUCCUGCCAUUAAUGCCCCAGUUCUGCCACACACACACCCUUCUGCACCUGUUAUGCAGCCUACCUUAAAUCCUGCUUGCUGCAGGAGACGGCUGGUGUUGGAUAGCAAAAUGUGCUGGGGGGGGUGGCAAUUAGAGAAGCCAUGAUCGCUUUCCCUUCUAUUGUAUUGAUGGAUUUGUUAUUAUUUUUACCAUUCUCCAGGUUGCAAACUUGGAACCUUAUGUAAAUGUGAUGUGUGAACCAGCUCUUAGUAACAGCCAUGUUUAUGUUGGUAGUAGCUUGUCAAAAAUAGUAAAUAGGGUUGCUUCAGACAUCAUUACUUUUCUUUUGUCCGAUAUCAAAUCCUGUAAUUGCUGGAGUUCUGAAGAUUUGAGUAUGGAUAGGAUAGAUGGGAAGUUCCCACUUUCCCUUGUCAUUAAGUUACAGUUUAUUGAAAACACAGGAGUCUGGAGGCAAAGUAAUAGGCCACAGUUACUACCACUUUUGAGAUUGAAUAUUUUUUCUUAGUUUUUCAUACUGAAGGGGAUACUAACAUAAUUUUUAAAAACUCCUCCUGAUUUCAACGCCUGCUGCAUUGAAUCUAUUUUUAUAGGAAGGUGAAACAGAAAGGUUGGAAAUUAAUAAAAAAGGAAAAUAUUUUCAGAUAUGCUAAGAAAAAUAAAUUGUCUUGUCAUAGAAGAAAAUUUGAUGAAUAGUUGCAAGGCAACUAUUGUACUGAAUGGUACAAAUGUGAUUAAUUUGAUAGGCUCACUGUAAAAGUAUGUGACAGGAAUUUUUGCUUUGAAUUUCUUUCAAUCCGUUUUUGUAUUAAAGUCAUAUGUGUUAUUUAAAGUUAAAAGAGUUUUAGAGAUGCACUGCAUUUUCCUCAGUUGAUGGGGUAGAUGACUGGAACUGCUAGUCUCUUCACUUUUGUACUUUGAUUGUUAUCUAUACACAGGUGCCAGAACAGCAGCCAAUAACUCUACGUAGUGGCGCUGAAGAUACCAAGCAUUAUGAGGAAGCCAAGAAAUGUGUGGAAGAACUAGCCUUGUACCUUAAACCACUCAGCAGUGCAAGAGGUGAAUAAGUGCUCUUUCAUACAUUAUAAGAAAACUAAAACAGUUAAGCAGCUUCUAUUGGUUUUUAAAAAAUACCCCCAACACUAUUACAUUGACUACAAUGGAUGAAAACCUGCAGCUGAAAACACAAUCACUUUGAGUGCCAAAGAAGUAAUGUUAGAAAAGAAAAAUUGCAAAUAGAAUUGAAACAUUACCACACACAAUAUUUUAAUAGCCAGCCUGUCCUACACAAUACCUUUGUGGCACAUCAGUAGCCCAAAAGAAACCAACUUGCUUUCGUCUUAGGCAAGUUAACUCUGAUUGCCCAAAAGAGGCCUGUUGCAGGUGACCAGCUGAGUGGCUAUUUGCUAGUGCUAAAUUCAGCAAUCAGAUUGUUCAAGAAUUAUUACUGUUAUUCCUCAUUUUCAAAUAGGAAGAAGAAAUAGCAGAAGGUGUUACUGUGGACCCUUAGUUAAAAUGCAAAUUUUAAUCAGUUAAUUCAUCAGCUAUGAGGGUCAGAUGGUGCUUGUCAGCCUGCGAAAGUAGCCCAUCUAGAGAAUGAAAACUCAUCUUAAACCUCCACUGCCUUGAGGGAUAUCAUUGGGAGAAGAAAGGGCUAAGGAGUAGACGCUAAACAAAUCCAGAGUGAAGUCCCUAAAACGGUUGGAUGGCGUCUUGUAUGCCUCCUUCUGAAAACUCCUGCAGCCAAGCUGGUGCCAAAAGUAUUGCUUUCUUUUUCUUUGGACCAUAUCAGCAAGGCUGAGAGUCAUCUGGGCAGCCCAGGACCUCCACACUGCCCAGGCUUGCACCCCAGGGAGGUCCCUUUGGUGCUGCUGAUGCAGUGGUUUGACCCCCACCCCCGUAGGUGUACUCGAGACAGACAGGUGCCAGCAACGAUCAGCUAAGUCUUUAUGAAUUUGCAUAUUUGUAAAACAGUAAAACGGGGAAGACAUUUCAGUGACCUGCAUAAAUGUUUGACACUUAAAAAAUAAAUAAAUUCUGCUGCCCCACCCGGUAGUUUCUUCCACUUGGUUUGACUUUCUUGUUGUUUCAAUGCUAUGGGGGGGGGGGUUCAUGUGAUUUCUUAUAAGGAAAGCCCCACACUUUUUCCAAGUGAUAAACUACUGUGUUCACAGAGUUUCCUCAACCCUCUUGCAUAUUCCCUGCACUCAGUCUUGUCUUUGUUAGCUGCACUGCGGAAAACCGGGGUGGGGUGGGUGAGACAGAGAAAUGUGGGCGAGUUCUUCAUGAUGGGAACAGUGCAGCUACUUUGAAGGGCAAUGAAAUAAUUUGGAGUGUGAAUACACAAAUUAAGUUCUUAACCCGAGGUACCACUGUAGUGGGAACAUAAAUUGAUAUGGAAAUUCAUUAUUUGGAAAUGAAUGGUAAAGAAGCAAAAACAGAAAGAGGAGAGGCUUCUUCAUGAUGGCUUAAAUUGGUUCAUUUCGAAGACAAGGAGUUAAUUUUGGGAAGAAAAAAGAAAACAUGAAACAUGUAAGAAUAUAUUAAAAAUGGAGGAUUUUAGAAACAAAUCUGCUGCCUGGUUAUCUAUUAAAAACUUACUUUGCAGGCCUACUUUGUACAGUUCCAGUUCAUUUGUAGCGCACACUUAUCCAGAGUGACUUUUUGAUGUUUUAGUUUCAUGGAAGCUAGUUUACAACUGAAUAUUUUUUAGUUGAUCACUAACUAGAAAAAAAGGGAUAUCUACAGAAGACAUUCUACAGGCUAUAACUCUCUUAAGACUGAAGUACAAUUUCACUAAUCUGCCAAUGGACUAUAAGCCUUGCAUUGCCCCUGAAAAACUGAGAAAUAACUUCCCUGCUUCUGUUUUUUUUUAAAGGUGUGGGACUGAACAGCACCACUCAGAGUGUACUCAGUCGCCCCAUGCAAAGGAAACUUGUGACAUUAGUCCACUGCCAGUUAGUGGAGGAAGAAGGGCGGAUCAGGGCUAUGCGUGCAGCACGAUCUCUGGGUGAAAGAACUGUCACGGAGCUCAUUCUUCAGCACCAGAACCCCCAGCAACUUUCUUCCAACCUCUGGGCUGCAGUGAGGGCCAGAGGCUGCCAGUUCCUUGGACCAGGUAUAUAUCACUCAAGCCAUGGCAUUUGGUAUAGUAACAAAAAUUAAGGGAAUUGGUGAAUUUGGUUACUUACAAUUUUAAAUGACUAAAAUACUACUUAGUUGAACUGAUCAAUAAGGAAAAGUCCAUUGAUUUCUAUGGGUCUACUGUGAGUAUGAUUCUGAUUAAUAUUUGAUAUCACCCUAAAUAUCUAUUCCCUAUAGUGCUGACAGUUUGAACUUCACAGAUAAUGGAUUCAGAGAAGUGGGAUGCAUGAAAUGGAAACCCUGGAUUAUUUAAACCCUGUAUUAUUUAAAAUAUUUAUAUAUUGACUUUCGCCAGGUUCAGGAUAUCUUAUAGUCUCAAUAUUAAAACAUCACUGAGCAGCAAUAAUAAAAACAUCUACAACUACCCUGCCAAUUUUUAGAGAACUGGUAGACUUCAAUAUGUGACUGGGCUUUAUGCUAUUGCUUAAAGGCCAGGUGAGUGCACCAUCACGCUUUUCAUAGAAGGUCAUUCCAAAGCUCAGGGAAGACUACUGAAAACACCCUGUUCUUGAUUGCAAAUGACAAAAUCUUCCUUGCUGAGGGGGCAGAGGAGGACUUCUGAUAAUCUCAACAUAUGAAUUUAUUGUUUUUGUUAUAUUUAUAUCCUGUUUUUCAUCCUGUAAGCCAAGACAGCACACAUGGGUUGCCAGGUAGACUCUCUCAGGCAUUGGCCAAAGCCAGACCUGUUCAGCUUCGGUAGGAUGGCUGUUUGUCAUGUGCACUGGAAUACACACAUAGUUGUGUGCUUUUUCUUAACUGCUAGAGUACCCACUCGCAUGAAAAAUAUAUAUAUUAAGUGAAUAUUGCUGACAUGCGAUAGCUCAGUUGGUAGAGCAUGAGACCCUUUAUCUUAGGGUCAUAGAAUCAAGCCCUACGUUGGGCAAAAUAUUCCUGCAUUGCAGGGGGCUGGACCAGAUGGCUCUUGUGGCCCCUUGCAAUUCCACAGUUCUGUUAAUCUUCGUUACUAGAUUAGGACCAUGCAGGGUGGAUAAAAAUCAAUGAUUUUUUUUCUAUUUAAAUCAGAUUUUUUUAAAAAAAUGCUUUUGGAGGAAAAAUCUUUCUAAAGAUAGUUUUCUAUUUAAGUUACAUUAUAGUCCAAAGGCUAUUCAUCAGGAAAUAAGGAUUUGUUUUUGAUUAUGUAGCAUGAGGCUUUAUAGGCAGUGUGUAAUUUUUUUGGUAAAUGAAUUCCAUUAAUCCAUUCACAAUGUCAUGCGCUUCCAGAGGUUUCUGUAAGAUUAUUUGGGGCAGUUUUUCUAACAAGAAGAUAUCACAGAUGCUUGUUUUUGCAGUUCUCGAAAGUGUGAAUUUGUGUCUACAGGAAAAAUGUUAUAAAAUAAACAUACAGAGUUGAGGAAAAAACCUUAAUCCCAUUGUUCCUUUGCAAAUUUAUAUACACAGAAUCAACCCCUUACCUCUUAAAUGCUAAGUUCCAAGAGGUUCAAUGAAUAGAUUGUUUGGAGUGGAAUAGAUCUCCAGAAGUAGCUAAGUGUGAAGCAGUAAAAAUGAAAGCGCAACUUUGUGAGCAGAAUACUCCAAGAGUCUUAGGAUCUUUGUGUAACAAUUGUGCAAGUCAGUUGCAUGUCUGUGCAACUCAGACUGGAGGCAAGUGCUGAAGGCACUUCAGGGCUGGCAGCCUCUUCCCAAUCCCACUGGGUUCCAGCAACUGCACUAACACUUAACUGUAUAGAAUAGGCACCUGAAUGUAGAAGCAAAUCCAAAGGGGUGGUGGUGGUGGAAAUAGUAACUGGGAUCUGUAAGUUCUCAGUGAGACCUUGAAGUGCUUGCCAGUCAACUAAUAAGAGUUCACUGGUUCCAGGCCCUUCUUCCCAGGGCUUGCCUGACAUUCUCCAAACAACAAAGUCUCUACCUGGAACUUCAGUCCUGCAGCAGGAAUCCCUGAAGUUCUCUGUUCCAGUCCUUGAUUCCCCUUUUCCAGCUUUCCACCAGCCUGUUUCUCCUCGGCUUGCUCUUUCUGCAAGCCUCUUCCAGCCUAGGCCUACCAAUUAUAUCUCUCUUCCCCCUUCCCCUCUAAAAAAAGUACAGCAGAAAAGUUGUCAAAAUAUAAACAGUUAACUUAUUAAACCUCACAAUAAUUUCAUAAUUAUCUCUCUAUGUAUUUCUAAUACUAUAACCAAAUCAGUAAUUUUUGAUAUAACUGUAAAAACUACUCUGAAAAUUUAUUAUUCCAAAAAUGAAGCCUUAUACCAGCAAGAAUGAGUCUUUCUGUAAGAAAAUGAUUUAAAUCAAGCCUUACUGACUAGUGAUUUAAAUCGUGAUUUAAAUCUAUUUGAUUUAAAUCAAAUCCACUCUGGGACCAUGUGGUCUAGGUGCCUAGCAGUCUCACCAUGCUUAAUCAGCACAGUGCAACAGCUGAGUACAGAACUGUUAAAUUGUCGAAAUAAUGAGAAGACAGAUUCAGUUUGAGCUUAGAUGCGGAGUAUGAAAGCAAACUAUUGAUUUAGAUAUAUUUCAACAUUGUUUUCCAUACAACCUGCACAAAGUUCCUAUUAGCCGUCAUAAUAUCAGACUGUAAGUUAUAAUACUGUAAUAUCUUUCGAUUUGGGUACAUCAAAAAAUGAAUUGGGAUUCUCAGUAUUUUCAACAGUAGACCUGCCUGUACACUGGAUUAUUGACAUUUCUAAAACCAUGUGAUAUAGACUAAAGAUUUUCUUUUAAGUGAAACUGUAUGUUGUCGGGGUUCUACUCAAGCUGCUUGUUUGUAUAGUGGGUGCCACAUUUCACAGCUUGACCAUAACAGUGAGGUUUGUAGAACCUCUAAUGCAGUCAUUAAGCCUGGUGUAAAUUAUGUAAGGGACGAGGGUGGCGCUGUGGUCUAAACCACAGAGCCUAGGGCGUGCCGAUCAGAAGGUUGGCGAUUCGAAUCCCUGCCAUGGGGUAAGCUCCCAUUGUUUGGUCCCAGCUCCUGCCCACGUAGCAGUUUGAAAGCAUGUCAAGUGCAAGUAGAUAAAUAGGUACCACUCUGGCGGGAAGGUAAACAGCGUUUCUGUGCGUUGCUCUGGUUCACCAGAAGCAGCUUAGUCAUGCUGGCCACAUGACCCGGAAGCUGUCUGCAGACAAACGCCGGCUCCCUUGGCCCAUAGAGCGAGAUGAGCGCCGCAACCCCAGAGUCGUCCAUGACUGGACCUAAUGGUCAGAGGUACCUUUACCUUUAAGUUACCGUAUUUUUCGCCCUAUAGGACGCACUUUUCCCCCUCCAAAAAUGAAGCGGAAAUCUGGGUGCGUCCUGUGGGGCGAAUGCAGGCUUUCACUGAAGCUUGGAGAGCGAGAGGGGUCGGUGUGCACCGCCCCCUCUCGCUCUCCAGGCUUCAGGAAGACAUCCACAGCCUAGGCAGCCCUGCGGGAGUUCCCGCAGGGCUGUCUAGGCUGCGGAUAGCAGCUUGCCUCCCGGAGCUCCGGGCGCACUGAAAGCAGAGCGCCCGGCGCUUCGGGAACACAUCCGCAGCUUAGGCAGCCCUGUGGGAGUUCCCCGCAGGGCUCCCCACGCUGCGGAUAGCAGCCUGCCGCCCGGCGCGAGGGGUGCCCUGAAGCAGAGUGCCCCUCGCGCCGGGCAGACAUCGGCCAGCCCCACAAGCUCGGGGGGCAGCAGGGAGGUUUCCCCGACCUGGUUUUGGGGGGGAAAUAAAGGAAAUUUUUUCCCCUUUAUUUCCCCCCCAAAAAACUAGGUGCGUCCUAUGGGACGGAGCGUCCUAUGGGACGAAAAAUACGGUAUGUAAGGCCUAAACAAAAUAGAAUAAGCAGUAUAUAUCUGAAAUUGCUCUUAAUACCUGGCAUUCUGUCAUGCUACUCUUUAUUUUUCAGCAAUGCAAGAGGAAGCUCUCAAGUUAGUUCUUUUGGCUUUGGAAGAUGGAUCUGCUUUGUCUCGGAAAGUCUUGGUUCUCUUUGUGGUACAGAGGUUGGAGCCACGAUUUCCUCAGGCUUCUAAAACCAGCAUUGGGCAUGUUGUCCAGCUUCUAUACAGAGCCUCCUGUUUCAAGGUACAGAGCAAGCUGUUCUGGUUGUGGUUUCAGGGAUUUUGAAGUAGAUACUGGGUUGUUAUUAUUAGUGCAGAAAGAGUGCAGAUAGAAUAACCUGUAUUCAGAAAAACCUUCACAUCAAGGAGCCAGUUUGAAUAUUACAAAGAGCUUUAGAAACAGAAACUUUAAUCGUGUAGUACUCAAAAUGCACCAGAAUAUCUCUUGGCUGAUCAUUCGCCGGGACAUCAGGCCCAAUAUCCACUUUUAGAAACUCAGAUAUAUAAGCUAGGCACCCAAAGGCCCCUUAAACCGGAGUCACCAUCACCACAACAGGAUGUGUAUUUGCCAGGGGGUUGGACAUGAUGACCCUCGGGGUCCCUUCCAGUUCUAUGAUUCUGUUAUCUCAACUACAUUGCUUGAUUGUAGUUUGCUCUUACAAUGAUUCACUUGUCCCAGUACGCAAGAACUGUGGUCUGUGAGCUUCAUUUGGGAGGCCUGUGGAAAGGUUGCUGCAGUGUCAAGUAUAUCUGUACUCAGCCCUGCACUUACUUUCCUUGAUGGGAUGAUGGAGGACUAAGAUGUCCAUGAUUCUCGCAGCAGUGCAGAAGGAAAACACACACAUCUUUUGCCACACACGAGUCAGCUGACUCCAUCGAGAUGACAGUCGCUAUCUGGUGCCCAGAAAUCUCCAUGUGGUUAUAAUUGGACCCACCCCAGUAGCAAAAUGUGCCUGGUGCCCAGGGAAUUUCAGACACUGCCUUGAAGAGGCUCUUUCCGUGUCAGACAUAGAGAAGAGUCUGAAAUUAAGCUGUUAAACUAGGUCACAGGAAAAGCAGGCAUUUUCUCACCACCUUUUCCUAGAACCCUAGUAUGAGGAAAUUUUGCCGAACUUCAUUAGAUUGGUCUUCUCACUUUAAUUCUAAAACUUCCAAUGCCAUUUGCUGGAGUUGCAGUUCAGACUGAUGAGCUGCAACAAGACUUAACUGAGCACUAGAGCUCUGAAACCAGUACUGUAUGAUGUUCAGAUCACAAUUUGAGCUGGCAGUACAUCGCACCAGCUCAGCUUGCCUGCAGACAGCAAAGGCACAGGCAGGCAGAGCCUGAGAAGGUUCAGGGCAAGUGCCUGCCUUCUCAAGCUCCAUCUACAUUCCUUCCUGUCCCUUUGAGGAGCUCCUCUGACUUGCAUGAGCCUGAGUCCCCAGCCGAGCAGUUUAACAAAGCCCCAAUGCCCCUCUUCCUGACAUGAAGCAGAGUGGUAUCAGGCCUUGUUCAGGAGGGCUAGGCGAUGUAUCUCAGCUGCUGCUUCCUCCCUAAGGUGGUGGUGGUGGGAGAGAAGCAGCCAUGAUACAUUCCAGACAUUGUGAUAUAUCAGUAUAAUUGUGGUAUUUAGCUGCUGAUACAUCACAAUGUUUAAAACCAGAUAUCGCGCAGCCCUACUGAGUACUUGAUUUGCUCUUUUAGAAAUGUCAGCUGUUUGACUAGAUAAUCAAGUUUAGCUUCUAGGGUCUGCAGCACCACUGACUUGUUGGAUGCCAGUGCCGAUCUGAUCUUAUCCAGGUACACAUCGGAAUCCGCAGUUUCGUCAAUGACAUUAGUCAAUUUUGCGCUCUUUUGACAUUGGAUACCUCCCCACACCAUGUCUCUGCUGCCUCAUAUGAUAGGUCUGAAUAGCCUGCUUCAAAUUCAGCUCUGGUAUCUUUUUUUGGCCAGUUGCUUUUAGCUCCUCUCAGUCCUUGCAGCAUUAGCUUUACAGGCACCCUUUACAAUAUUUGCCUUCUGGUUAUUGAAGCCUUGUUCUUGAAGCAGCCAUUAGGCUUCAUGAUACACUCCACUCCACUGCUGCCAAAAGGUGUUGAACUAGAGAAGCCCAUGGUAUCAAGCAGAUCCAUUUGAUCAAAAGCAAAGUUAAAAGUACAGAGCUUGGUUUCUUAUGGUACAGCACUCUUCAUCAAAAUCGGAUCAUUUGAAUUGUCUCCUUUAGCAACUCUAAUCUUAUAUUUCUAGUCACUUAAGCACAGAGUUUCUCAAAGCUUCUCAACCUGCCCCCUUCUGAACUUCCUCUACCCACCCUACAUCAAUCAUCUGCGUCCCAAGGACAGUGUGGAAAUUGUUGCCUGCAGUAGUUGGCAUAACAAUUAACCAUAUUUUUCCGUCUAAUAUGCCCCCAUGUAUAAGACAUAGGGGGCCUAUUUGGGAGGACUCCGAUUUAAGAAAAUGGGGGGGAGAUGUAUCCAUGUAUAAGAUGACCCCAAAGUUUUGACAUUAUUUUUAAAGGAAAAAACCUAGUCUUAUACAUGGAAAAAUAUGGUAAUAUGAGUGUGUUGGUCAAGUCAAAGGCAUAGUAAAGGUGCUUUUAGUAAGAACACCUAUUUCCCCUUCCACUCUUCUCUUUCUUGGCUUUCAUUCUGUAAUUUCAUGUACUGCAUUUCAUGAGAAAAUCCAAUAUCCCUUUAGUUUUGGAGGCAACUGAGCACUGCUGCCUUCUCUGAAGGACAUAAACUGAAUAGUUCUUUGUUCCAGCUGCACUUUGUCAAGUUUUUGCUUUAAAGAGACACAGAAAAGAGUUCUCCUUAGAGAGAAUUAACACUCCUUGAACAACUUCUCACCUUUAGUUACAGUGAAUCACUCAUAGAAUCCUAGGCUUCACAACUGCUCUGAAGAAUGUUCUGUGCCUUUGGAGAGGGAGAGGAAUCCCACUUCAUAGAGAAUCUAGGCUCUAGGCUUGUUUUAGUAAUGAUAAUCUAAUCUUUCUGUAUAGAUAUUUUAUUUUGUUGCUAAAUCUAUUAAGAAUGUGUGUAUUAUUUAAUACCCAAUUGUCUCAGCUUUUCAUCUGAUCAUCGGAGAGGGGACCCCCUCCCCCAUACAAACUGGAAGAAUUAUUCUUGAGCGAUAGUACUUUUGGGCCAGGGAACUGAACUGAGAAACUGUUCCCUUAUUUGGUUAAGUUGGGUAUUGUCAUCUUACCUAAUCCAGAUGGAUUUUUUUUCUUCCAGGUGACUAAACGAGAUGAGGAUUCCUCCCUGAUGCAGUUAAAGGAGGAGUUCCGAACCUAUGAAGCUCUGAGACGAGAACACGAUUCCCAGAUUGUGCAAAUUGCUAUGGAGGCUGGUUUGCGCAUUGCCCCAGAUCAGUGGUCUUCAUUGCUGUAUGGAGACCAGUCCCACAAAUCCCACAUGCAGUCAAUUAUUGACAAGGUACAUUCUCUUCAAAUUAUUCCACAUCCUUUAAUUUUCUACUAUGUUUUUAUUGCUGAUAUUAGUUGUAAGUGGGGCUCCUCGGUUCUUCUUCCCAUGUCCCACUUGCUAUCAAGAGUCUCCUAUGGCAUACCGUGCUUCUCAGGUACUCUUAAUGUCAAGGACAAACCCAAGCCUUCCUCGUGAGCGUGAAGCAGAAAAGUGGCUGGGAGAUUGUCUCAGGAAUGUGCUUUGCUUUGUGGAGCUGUGAUGGGGUUGCCAGUUCCAUUUUCACUUCUGUAAGAACUGUCCUCUUAAACAGGAUUUAAUAUCGCUGAGCCUUGAUGCAUUGUAUAUUGGUAUAUACAAUUAAUGAACACGCAGUCUGUAUUACUGGAGAGGGCCUAAGCUGUGAUUGACCACUAGGAAUGGCAAGUGCAUCUCUGUUGAAAAAAUGGUUUCACAUCAAGGCACACAUCUUGAGUGCUGGUGAGACAAGAAAUUUAAAAAUGUAUCUUUUAGGUUUGAUUCACUGAAGAUGGUCUCUAGGAGUACAGAAAGCAGUUCUAAUUAUGUACAUAUAUAUUUAAGUUGCAGACCCCAGCCUCUUUUGCACAGAGUGUUCAGGAACUAACAAUCGCUCUCCAGCGGACUGGUGACCCAGCCAAUCUGAACCGGCUUCGACCCCAUCUAGAACUCCUUGCAAAUAUUGAUCCCAGCCCAGGUAACUAUUAAAAAUGUGGUUUCGUGUUCAUGUUCACUGCAGCAGAAGAGGCUUUACAUAUCUUUCAAUCAAACUGAUACAAGUCAAUGUGAGAAGCACAGGUGAACAGACUACUCUCUUGUUUCCUUGUUAACAAAAAAGCUGUUUCUCUUGAGAUGCUCUAGUCUCCUUUAUAUUCUAAUGGCGGACAGACUUCAGGCUUGUUUAUUUUUUACUAGAACACUAAGACCCAUCAACCAAAGCAGGGUGCAAAAUUGUUCAUCCAGGGGUGGAGCACCUUUAGUUAUAAAGUACAAAUCUACCUUCUGCCCACCAUGUGCCUAAACUUCUCAGAGUUGUGGCAGUCUCAGCAUUUGGGAGUUCUAAGGCAUAAAAACAUCCCUGUGAGUUGAGACAACAGGAGUGAAGACCAUUUUCAACCUGAGGGCUAUAUUCCCUUGUGGAAAACCUUCCAGGGGCUGUAUCCCAGUGAUGGACAGGGUCAGGAGUGAAAGUCAACGGAUGAAUAGAUCACCCUUUUGUAUAGCAGGCUACAUUCCUUCUGUGCAAAGGCUGCGUGUUACAUGUAUAUAGGUUUCUAUACAUAACACAUCUCCCUUUCCUGGCAAGCAAGAGGCACCAAAGUUCAGUGACACAUUCCAGCCUGGGGAAAGCACUUGAAGAGUGCACAGAAUAAAGAUGGUGAGGGGAACGGCAUAGGGAGGGUUCCAAAAACCUGGAGGGGCCACAUUUGACCCCAGACUAUUCCUGCUACAGGUGUUCAUUCACACUACUGAUCUUGCUCUGUUUAUUCAUAAACAAUGGACAUUAGCUGGGAGUAAGUCACAUACUGAUUGGCUUGCCCACAAAAACAUAUGCCACAAUAAAGUUGUUUGCCUUUAAGGUAUCCUAUGACUUUGUUGGUUUUGUGGCAACAGUGGCUACUCCAUAAGAUUCCACAGACCUUAAUGAUCAUAGGAAAAGGCCUUGUGACCUGAAAAAUUCUAAAUGGGUCGGGAUCAUAGGAUUAUUUUUCUAUGAAUUCAUGAGGUUAGGCUCAGAGUCUUGCUAAACCCUGUCCAGCCCUUUCUGAGGAGGACAUGUCUGUGUAUGUUUCUCUGCUUAUCAUUGUUGUAGUGGGGUUAUAUUGCCAUAUUUUAGCAAAAGGAAACACAUGUUAAUGAGACAGUCCUUUCACUAGAAAUGUCUCUUUUGGGCUCUCUCAGACCUUGCUGCUUUUCCUUUAUUACCUCUAAUCUCCUGCCAUAUUUCCCACAAUUACAAUAUUUUUUCUGGGGGGGUGUCUCUCUGAGGGUUCAAAUGCUCUCAAGCAUUCCUAUUUGAAUAUUCCUUACCAACAGGCAGGAAAUGUUUGCUGCUGCUCCCUAAAUCUGGCAAAUCAGUGUUGAAUUUCCAUAGACAUUUCCUUAGUCUUGCCUGUCAGAUUUAUUCUUCCUUCAGAACUAAAAUUUUGCAUGUUUUAAAUUUUUUGAUGCUUGCUAUGAUUCAGAUCUUGUUUCUACGGGAUUUCUCACUUUCGAGAGAUAAAUUCAUUUGUUCUUAUAAACACUGUAGAUGCCCCACCACCCACCUGGGAGCAGCUUGAGAAUGGACUUGUCGCUGUGCGGACUGUGGUACACGGGCUGGUUGAUUACAUCCAAAAUCACAGCAAGAAAGGAGCAGACCAGCAGCAGGUACUGUAUUGUGUGGCACUUCUUGUAGUCAGAAGGCACACUUUGUCACAGUAGACCUUGCCAAAUCAAAAAAGAAGGAAAGGAAAUGCUUCCCCUAGUAUAUGUAAAAUAAAAAAGGUGAAUCAGUUGCCAAUAUCCACUCGUCUCUAUUGGAGCAACAAAAUAGAAGAAUGUUUUAAUUUCAUGCCCGGAGUUCUCAGAAAGAAGUACUCUAGGAAAACAAAGCUUUUGUAAAAAUUGGGGUGUUGGUCUAGUCCUUCCCUGCCACCUCCAGCAAAAUCAGCAAUGAUUAUGUGAGUCACAUUGGGGAUACAUUGCACACAGGAGGCUGAGGACAAGUAGUAGUCUUUCAGAGACUUGCAGGAUGUAGGAUUAAGCCGUCAUUGUCUGUGGCACACAUUUUGGUUUCUGGGUGGAGGUUUUUGAAGCACUGGCAGAAUUUGACCACAGAUCAUAGCAGUACAGAAAAAAUAAAUGUGUUCAACAACAUGCAGCGUUUUCACAUUGACCAUAUCAAAGCACAUUGUUCCAUGACUUGACUUCUCACCAUCACCUCCAGUGUUUUUGCUCAAACGCUUUUUACUUCAUGAUAUCUUCAUCUAUUAUAAAAUAUUCCUCUAUUUCAUUUAUUUUAUAAUUUUUCUUCCACUGCUUUAUAUCUCGAAUCCUGCCUGUGAUUCCAUUUGACUAUGAUGCUUUUUCAAAUAGUCUAUGAACGGCCUCCAUUCUUCUAUUAAAAGCUCAUCAUUUUGAUCUCUUUAUUUUUUUUGUCCAUUAUUGAUAUUUCUAUAUAGUUCAUUACUUUCCAAAGUCAAUCCUCCUUUGUUGAAACCUUCUCUUCUUUCUAUUUCUGUGCAUAUAAUAUUCUAGCAGCUGUUGUCACGUACAUAAAUAAUUUGGUCAUCUUCUUUGGAACAUCUGUCACUAUUAUCCCUAUAAGAAAAGCUUCUGGUCUUUUUGGAAUAGCCCAUUUAAACAUUUUCUUCAUUUCAUUAUAUAAUUUCCCAAAAGGCUUUAGCUUUUUUUUUUUUUUACAUGUCCACCACAUAUGGAAGAAUGAGCCUUAUAUCUCUUUGCAUUUCCAGCAUUUACUUGACACAUUUUUAUACAUCUUGGCCAGUUUAUUUGGUGUUAAAUAUUACCUGUACAUAAUAAUAGUUUUCUCUUAGUGUAUAACAAGGAGUGAAUUUCAUAUCCUUUUCCCAUAGGAAGCUGUAUCACUACUGUGACCUAAGUCCAUUGUAUCAUCUUUAGUAUCCCAUUCUAAUAACAUUUUAUAAAUUUUAGAAAUCAGUUUUUCAUUACUCUCAAGCAACCCCAGUUUGAGAUCAGAUCUUUGUUCCUUAAAACCAUUUAACACAUUCUUCUUAAAUAGCUUGUUUAUUUGGUACUAAAACCAAGCCAAUACCAAGUCUUGAAUUUCUUCCAGUUUUUCAAGUUUAUACCCACUUUCAGUAUAACUUAAUAUUCUCUAUAAGUCCCCCAAUUCUUCUUCAUGUUUAUUUGUUUUUGGGCACAAGCUUCUAUAGGGGAUAACCGCAGUGGUGCUUUUCUUUCAAGUAGAUUUUUAUACAGUACUUGAAGACAUAUAGCCCUCCAAAUAAACUUCUCCUUAUGGAGUAAUUUAGAAAGUCUUUAUGUACCUUUGUUUUUUUUCCUACCCCAGAUAUGCAUAUCACCCAUAUCGUCUACCAUAUCCUUCCAGAUCCAGCAAUCUAGUAUUUUUUUCAAUAUUAUCCAUUCCUUUAUCCAUGUCAAACAUGCUGCAUCAUAAUACAAUUUUAAAUUUGGAAGUGAGCCCCCUCUUUCCCCCUUUUCUUCCUAACCUAACAUUGUAAGAAAAAAAAAUAAAUAAAGAUUUGGAAGUGAGAAUUUACCUUUUUCUUUAGUAUCUGUUAAUAUUUUAAAUGUAAUACUUGGUUUCUUGCCUUGCCAAAUGAACUUGGCUCUUUUUGCCAUUUAAAGCAUCCAAAUAUUACAUAUUAGCUCUACUGUUUGGGACAGCAUUUCUAACUAUUAUCUGUGCUGCCUGCAUGUCUGAAAAUUCUUCAUGUGGCCACAUUAACUGAAAGGGUACUGAAUGAAAGUAUAAUGUACUUUGCUAUAAGGUGUUCUGGAACCCAUAUCUAGCAAAGCAGUGGAAAUGUGUAAAUAGUGGAAUCCAGCAAGAAACAUGGAACUGUUACAUCUGAAAUAUUCAUAGCCAUUCCAAAGUGUUUGAACUCUCAUAAAUCACAGCUCAUUCAGACAUAGACCCAGAGAACCAUGCAGUUAGUUCUGUGUACCCUGGGCAACUUUGGACUUACCUCCCCUUGCUGCAUGACAAAGCUCUUCUGAAACAGAGGCAUUUUAAAAUCAGAUUGUGAUAAUAGCAUGGAGGUCAGCUGUACCAAGACUAGAAAUUCUGCUAGGCAUAUAGCCUACAUCCUCAGGCAUAUCCAAAUUAGUUUUGUUUGAUCCUAGUUGGGAUCCCAAAAUCCAGAAGAUGUCAUAACAUUUUGUGCAUAUUGAUCGUUUUGUCCAGUUAUUAAGGUGGGAGGAAGAACUACAUAUUCUGUGGGUUUCACAGAUUAUGAGUGCCCAGUAACUAUUUUUUAACGUGAUUUAAGGGAAACAUUGGAAAUUGCAGUUUGAAGAUUUUCAUUAAGCUUUUUAAUUGUAGAAAGAAAAUCAAAGCUACUCACUGGAAAGUGUUUUCUUUUUUAAAAAAAGUUCUAAGCAUACCUAAAAUUCAGAAUAGUAGAGAAAUGAUGGCUAUUAAUUACAUUAAAAUUUGAGAGAGGUAGCAAGUAUUAAAUAAAUGUAAUUAGGCUUUUUAUAAUUUAUUGGAACAAGAAGCUUGUGUUUUCUCUUAUGCUAUGUACAGUAUAGCUCACUACUGUGUAAUACUUCUUUUGUGUUACUUGUCUUUAAUUUCUAUGAUAAUUUGUGUAUGAGUAAUAUUUCAUAGACAUAAAGCUGAGAGAAUGCAAGUCAAAACAAAGAGGGAGAGAGAGUGUGCAUGUGUGUCAUAAGCCUGCUUUUAGGAACAACUUCCAAAUAAUAGUUGGAGUGUUGAGAACAUAAUGAGAACUCCUGCACUUCUCCCUUCAUGCAUACAGUGCCCCACUGCUCCACUGGAUUGCAGUAGCCAUAGUUUUUACUUCUGUGAACCACCCUAAGACCUGUGUGUAUAGGGCAGUAUAUAAAUAUUAAUAAUUAAUAAUAUAAUAGGUUUUUUUAAAAAACACACCUAUAAAGUGUUUUUCACCUCUGGAGAGGUGUGAUAUGGUGACUGAAUCAUAUAGCUGAUGGGGAUGUAGAAGGAGAAGAACAUACCAGGCAGGUUAGAUGUGAAAUAUUUUUUAAAAACCACUGAAAUAUUUAGCAGUGCUUUUGCGUUUGUGUAGUACUUUGCAACUUUUGCACCAUGAAUAGAGAAAAAGAUGAGAUCGACAUUAAAACAGUAGAAUUUAUGACAGAAAAGCAACUUAAAAAUGGAACUCUUUAUUGGAAUUCCAACCCUGGAAUUGCUACAUCAUUGAGAAAAGGAUUAUAUACUAAUGGUUCCAUACCUAAUAUUGUCAAGGUGUUGACAGUGUUUGAAACUCCCAUUGUCCCAGGUGCAUUUUGCGACAGGGAAUUUCGUUAGUGUGAGCACGUUUCUGAGCCCUGGGCACAAUACUGCACCUAAGAUUUCAGAUUGAAACUGCAGAGUGGAAGGAAAGGAGGACUUUUCCCCGCUUCCCCACUUCUAGAUACUCUCUGAAGACUGGAGAAGAGACCCUCUUGAGACUAUUGGGGGGGGGGUGGGCAGGGGAAGGACUAGACCAUGUGAAAAAUGAACAUAAUAUUUUAGCUGCAGUUCAUUCAUUUUCAGCUUUGUAUUCUUGUUAUAAAAAAGCAUGCCUAGACAUUCCGUUGUUGUGCCCAUAACCUAGGUUUAAGGUGCCAUUUAGCUCCUAGCUUUUGUAUCUCAGUUUCUAACACUGGGUGUUGAAUAAAGAGGUGGGUGGAUUCCAUUUAUUAAAUCUGCUAUCACAGCACAUGCAGCACAACCCAGUGCAUGCUUACUUGGAAAUAAGUUGUAUAGUGUCCUCAGUUCACUGGCAUAUUUCACUGGCUUUCUUUCUGGAGAUCUAGCUACACAGUUUUUUUAAUUUUAAUUCUGGAUUUCAUAGAAUCAUAGAAUCAUAGAGUUGGAAGAGACCACAAGGGCCAUCGAGUCCAACCCCCUGCCAAGCAGGAAACACCAUCAGAGCACUCAUGACAUAUGGUUGUCAAGCCUCUGCUUAAAGACCUCCAAAGAAGGAGACUCCACCACACUCCUUGGCAGCAAAUUCCACUGUCAAACAGCUCUUACUGUCAGGAAGUUCUUCCUAAUGUUUAGGUGGAAUCUUCUUUCUUGUAGUUUGGAUCCAUUGCUCCGUGUCCGCUUCUCUGGAGCAGCAGAAAACAACCUUUCUCCCUCCUCUAUUUUAUUUGGAGCAUUAUUUUCAGAAUAAUUGUAGACUUUGAGAAUUUUGGUUUCAGUUUCCUUAUUCUUCCAUUUGAUCUAGCCUCCUCAACACAGCAAAUAUAAGACAUAUAUGUGCCGAGACAUGAAGCAGAGAGGAGGUUGCCCCCGUGGGGCCAGCUGCACCUUUGCACACUCGCAGGAAGAACUAGAAAAGUAAGAUUCCAUGACUUAUUCUACUUCUGAUUGUGAACUUAUCAGAUUGUGCAAACGGAGCAUUUGCAUAACUGGAGAGUAUCCAGUUUAGAAUGGAUAAUUGAUUAGGGUUGAGGGUAUAAAUGUUUCAGAUCAUCUGCAUGGGGGUUGGGCAAGACAUGGCAAUCUACAAUGAUAAAAUAAAAUGGUGGUGAAAGAACUAAAUUCUAGAGCUAGUCAAUAUAUUUAUACCAACUAACAAGGCUUCUGCAGGGGUAAGCCCUGUUUUCCUAACUUUCUAGUAUCUUGCCCAAUAUGCCCCUAGAUAGUCUGCUGUUGCCAUACUAGUGUGUGGGUUUUACUGCCAAACUGAAAUUAUGCCCUGAUUUAGAGAGAGAAAUGAGAUGAGAUGGAGACAGACAGUAAGAUUUGUGUGCUAUAGGCUGUAAAAGAGGACAGAACUGAGUGAAAAUACGAGUUACAUAUUCACUAUCCCAGCAACUGAGUAAAACACCUUGUGACAUUUUAUAAGCAGCAGGCAGCCGUGUUUGCUGCACGGUGCCUAGUGUGUGCUAACCUCAUUGCACCAAUAAGGUUUGGCAUAGCAGGCGUUCCAGCUGCAGAAGUCGUGCCUGAAUUAAAGUUUGCGCUCCAGCAUUUGAGUAGGAAAAGAAAAACAACUGUUCAGCUUGAGCUGUAACUCAUCCUUUUUCUAUAAUUCCUCCUGAAGAUUUCGUAAGAUGAACAAACGUCUGGUUCCUCGAAGACCCCUGAGUGCCUCCUUAGGCCAGCUGAAUGAAGUGGGCCUAUCGGCAGCAGCUAUCCUCUCAGACGAAGGGAGUAUGGACUUGCCCAACAGAAAACCCUCUGCCUUGCCAAAUGGGAUUGUUUCAACAGGCAGCGCAGUUACACAACUUAUCUCUCGUGGAACCGACUCCAGUUAUGAUUCAGCCUUGAAGCCCGGGAAAAUUGACCACCUUAGCAGCAGUGCCCCUGGGUCACCUCCUGACUUGUACGUUUACCUUUUUAUGGUGUUCAUAUAAACUGCCCAAUCUAGAGAAUGCAGUCCACGUGUGCAUAAAUUGGAUGCACAGACAUGGCUUUUGCAUUCAGGUCACAUCUGUAUCUUUACCAUCAUACACACAUUCAAAUAUAGGUGGCAGUACUUCCAUUCAAAGGGACGCGGGUGGCGCUGUGGGUAAAACCUCAGUGCUUAGGGCUUGCCAAUCGUAUGGUCAGCGGUUCGAAUCCCCGUGGCGGGGUCAGCUCCCAUCUUUCGGUCCCAGCUCCUGCCCACCUAGCAGUUCGAAAGCAUCCCUAAGUGCAAGUAGAUAAAUAGGUACCGCUUUAUAGUGGGAAGGUAAACGGCGUUUCUGUGUGCUGCGCUGGUGCUGGCUCGCCAGAGCAGCUUCGUCACGCUGGCCACAUGACCCGGAAGUGUCUCCGGACAGCGCUGGCUCCUGGCCUCUUAAGUGAGAUGGGCGCACAACCCUAGAGUCGGACACGACUGGCCCGUAUGGGCAGGGGUACCUUUACCUUUACCUUUACUUCCAUUCAAAAGGACCUCACAAAGUGCAUAGUUAAACUAUGGCAUUUGCUCUCACAAGAUGUAGUGAUGGCCACAAACUUGGUUGGCUCCAAAAGGGACUUAGACAAAUUCAUGCAGACAAAGCUAACCAUGACUACUAGCCGUGAUGGCUGUGCUGCCAAUGAAUACCAGCUGCUGGGAAUCACAAGGGGGGAGAGUGCUUGCUUUCCAUGGGCACCUGAUAAGAACAGGUUUCUUGACUAAGUGGGUCUUUUGUCUAAUCCAGCAGGGCUCUUUUUAGGUUUCUCUAAGCUGGAUUGCCGCAGCUGCUGGAACCUUAGCUGGACUCCCUUAAUGUCAGCUGGCAGCGGUGAUGCUUCCACCUUCCAUCUUCUGCUACCUCUUGCAUAUGCUUGGUUGCUGAGAAGACAAUGUACAAAUCAAUGUAGGCGCCAAAGCAGCAAUAUUCAGUGGGAUUCAUCCCAGGUUUGUAGCUGCUCUAAUGUUGUGAUGGAUCUUUUUUAGGCUGGAAUCCGUUCCCAAGAGUUCUCUAUCUGCCUUACCAGUGAACUCUCACCCAGUGGCCCCCCGAGGACCUGCAGACCUGCCUCCAAUAUCUGUUGGGAAGCAACUCCAAAUGGUGCCACGAGGCUCCCAGUUGUAUCCAGCUCCACAAACAGAUGUGUUUUACCCAGAUCCUCGGGGAGCAGGUCCACCAUUUGAAUCUCCACCUUACCAAUCAGGUAACAAUGCCACCUGGGUAAAAUUUGGGCCUGGGGCAAAGGUUUGCAUGUUAUUUAUUUAUUUGCCCUAGAGGAAGGAUGGGGUGCUAGAUACUGUGAUAUAUUAGACUACAAUCCUGGCCCCACUUACCUGUGAGUAAGCCCUGACCUACACAUUUUUCAGAGGAUGCUUUGUAACUAGGAGAGCUAGAUAUCUUCUUUUUGUUAAACUAAAACUGAAAUUAUCAUGAAUCCACAUUUGUAAGCGAUCCUAGGUUGUUGAGGUUCACACAUUCAGAAUUGCAAGGGAUGACAAGCUCUCCUUAUAAUCCCAACAACCCAUCACUACUUGGCCUUCUGGCUAAGAUCUAGUGUAUAAGCACAACCACUUCUGUAUUUAAGAAGAUCAAGUAAGUUGUGUUUUUACAAAUUUUAUUGAAAAUUUUAAGUGAAUUUCACAAUUUUUGCAGAUAGGGAAAUGAAAGUACUGUAUUUUUCGCUCUAUAAGACACACUUUUUCCCUCCUAAAAAGUAAGGGGAAAUGUGCGUGCGUCUUAUGGAGUGAAUGCAGGCUGCACUGCUAUCCCUGAAGCCAGAACAGCAAGAGGGAUUGCUGCGCAGCAAUCCUUCUUGCUGUUCUGGCUUCAGGGAUAGCCGCAUGAAGCCUCUUCAACAUUUGAUUCAGAAUAUUUUUUUUCUUGUUCUCCUUCUCUAAAAACUAGGUGCAUCUUAUGGUCGGGUGCGUCUUAUAGAGCGAAAAAUGCGGUGCCUUAUUUUAUUUCAUCAAGCCAGAAGAGAGCUGUCUGGCUAGAUGUAGCAACUUUCAGAGUUGAAAACUGCUGCCACCAACUGGAAGCAUUCAUACUUGCAGAUGGUAGUUCACAAGUUUCUUUGUGUGUCAGCCAUAUAUUUAGAAAUAGGUACCACUCCCAAGAAUUAACCCAUUUCUUGAAAACAUAGUGAAAGGUGACAAUCCUGUGAUACAAAGUUGCUCAUGUUCUCCAGGUUCUUUUAUCUCAUCCCACUAGCUUUUAUGACAAUCUAAUCCUUUUGAAGCUGUUUUCCUAUCUGCAUGUGGCAAACAACAACUCCACCAAUCCCUUUUUCCUGUGGGAUCUCAACACAAAAUAUUGCCAAUGUUUUUAGAAAAGGAUAUAUUCCAUUCUAGCCCUCUCAGCAUUGUUGCCAUUAUUGCCUAUGCAGCCCCCUUGUCAUCAUCUGGCUUCUUAGGACAGGGUCUUCCUGGUGACUCCUGCUCCUGCUAGUGUCUAAGGGAGCCACACACUCCCAAGCAGGGUGAGUAGAUGAGCAAUUUUGGCCCAUAGUUAUAGUGGCUCCUUGAGAGGCUUCCACAUGUUUUCCUCAUGGUAAUUUAUAAAACAUCAUUGGCCAAAAGCUAAGACAAGUGAUGAUCUAUUGUUAUAAUGCAAAGUGUUUCCAAGCUCUUUCCAAACAGCUGUAACUUGGUAAAAAUGGAUUAACAUCUUCAAACAUAAAGUGAAAAGGAAAUUUAAAGUGACAACUUAUUGCCACUUCCGUUCUCUGAAGCAGGUGAAAGAGUGAAUUGCCUUAAAGCACCUUUCCAAAAUUUUAUUUUGUGUAUUUAGGUGUGUAUUAUCCUGCAGCUCAGCCUUCGCAGUGUAUGUCUCGAUUUGUCCGACCUCCACCGUCUGUUCCUGAACCAGGCCCUCCUUAUUUAGAACAUUACCCACCAUACCUCCAGGACCGCAUGGUGAAUUCUCAGUACAGUGCGCAGCCCCAACAAUAUCCUCCUAUGGGACAACCCAUGUACCCUCCACAUUAUGACAGCCGGCGCAUGUACCCCCCUCCCCAGCCGUACCAGAGGGAAGAAAUCAUCAGAGGAAGCCCUGUGCCCAUCGAAAUUCCUCCACCAGCUGUGUCACCAUAUGUACCUGAAACAAGAGACAGAUAUCCACAGAUGGAAGGCUACUAUCCAGUUGGUCCACAUCUGAAUCAGAUCAGACCUUCAUAUCACAGGGUACGAGUUCUAUAUGUCACUUCUUGUUUGUUAAUUUGUUUGUUUGUCUGUCUGGGGGGGGAGCUUGGCAUUUUAGUCUAUGAAAUGCUAUACAGUCUUCAUUCUUGCAGCAGCUCUAUGAAAUCCCAUUUUACACAAGGGAGAAGUAGAAAGUUGGGCUUGAUUAGGGCCACUGAGUAAGUUCAUGACCAAGUAGGGAUUUUCAUCUAGAUCAGUCCCAUAUGUUUCAUUUAAAGAAAAAAAAUGUACAUCAAAGAAACUAAGAUUCUACAAUAACAAAAGGUAAAAUUUGCAACCUUUAUAAUUAAAAAUACAUUUAUUUAUUUAUUAUCAUUUCUUUUUGCCUCUGCUAACCAGAUGGGACAUACAGACAGGGAAGGCUUUCUCUCAGUUGCUGAAAAUGGGAGAUCAAGUUUGCAGUGUAUUCCCACUCAAAAAAUUCUAGACCAGAACCAUAGCUUCCAUUGGAAGCACAGAUACUUCUACAGUGACCAAAGACUCGCUCCUUCCUGGCAGCUUAGACUCCAGAAACAGGUGUUUUUGUUGGAGGAACAAGAUGAUAUUUUCUUCCAGCCUGACUCUGAGGUCUUGAGGCAUACAAAGUGGGGUUCUAGCACAUCCUCACCCAAAGAUCUGUAGUUUGAGGGCUGGGACUUCUUUACUUACACAUAGUUGGAGACUUUGCCACACAGGGUGCAGAGUACAGUCUCUGUCUUGGAACUGAAUUUCUGCAGAGAAUCAAGGGGUAAUACUGUCCUCUUCUGGAGUGAAUUGCAGAGGCUAUUAUAGUCAACUCCAGAGUUUUGGAGGAGCAGAAUGAUUCUGUUCUUCUAUAGGAGUUGGAUUUUGAUUUGUAUGGAAAUAUUAUUUGACAACUCACAUGGCUUUUGAGAUUUCAGGAAACAUUGCUCUUUUAUUUAGACGGGUAUCUUUGCAACCACAAGAGCUAAAAAGUUGCAUAUUUUCAAAUGAAAGCUGCAGUUAUUAGGAGCAGUGGACCAGAACAUUUUCUGCACAAUAAUUUCCACUGUGGAAAACUGCCCAUGUCUAAUUAAUGGAUACACUAAGCGGUUUGAAACUUGUAAAUAACUUUAUUAAUAUAAAUAUACUUAAGAAAUACCUAUAUAUCUAUUACAUAGCACUUUGUGCAUGCUAAAAUUAGUAUGUUAACAGUUUUCAGUGUCUUCGUUGUUUUCUUCUGAACUUUUAAUGGCUGUGUUCACACUAAGCUACGACUUAGCAGUAUGAGAAUGAACCAUAGAUUGCUUUCCUCACCCCUCUUCUAGCACAGCUGCAAAAAAGUUGGAAGCUUCCACUUGUGUUUUAGAUAGAUCACAAUUUAGUGUGCUGUCUCAACCUUAAGACGGUGGUUCUUCUUAACUACCAGUUGUUGAAACAAGCCACUUUCAUAAACAAUGGUUUGAUGUUUUCACCAGUUUGUAUUACUGAGUUACUUUCUCCUUUGGAGCAUGUUGCUCAAAUAUAAAGGAUUCUAGUCUUCAAAUUUGGACAAAAGUACACCCCCUCCGUGCUUUGUCAUUGAUGUAAAUCUAACAAUUGUGGAUUGUAGGCUUCAGCUUUAGAUUCACUUGUAGAAUGGAUAAUUGAUUGUGUCUUAAACUUUAAACGUUUUAAGUAUUAUUUUUCAAAAUGAUAUUCUGUCUUCAGGAGCCUUAUAGCCGGCCUCCCCCUCAGCCUCAUCCCAGUCUAGAUGAUUUGCACCGACGACGAAAGGAGAUCAUGGCCCAGCUAGAGGAAAGGAAGGUCAUCUCCCCACCUCCUUUUGCACCAUCACCAACUCUGCCUCACUCUUUACACACUGAUGAGGUGAACAUGUUUUUAAAAUAUAGCUGUUGAGUUGCUUUAGCAGUAGUCAUGGAAAUAGGUUUAGUAAUGAACAGGGGUGCCCAAUUUUUUUUCAAAGAGGGGCAGAUUUGAUGAAGUGAACAUGUGUGAGGGCCAACCAAAGUUGUUGGAUUAGGAUUUUACCCCAAGGUUGUUGAGCUUUUUUUAGGAUUGAAGUUGUUGAGCUUUUCCAGGGUUUUCACCCCCAGGAAAUAAACUCCCAACCAGAUUAGGCCCCCGAAACAGACUUUGGACAUGCCUGGUAAUGAACAAUGUAUGUAAAUUGACAUGCAGGGAGAAAGGUGCAUUUGAACCAUGUCCUGCCAGAAUCUCACUGCAUCCAACCAUAUGUAGGAGAGAGAGUGCAUACAUACAUUGGCCAGAACAGCGUGAUCAGCAUGUCAGAUGAAUUCUAAGAAUUGUCCACAUGAUCUGAACCUAUGCACAUUGGAUUUUAAAGAUGUGCACCCUAUUUAAAUGUUAUGCCACAUGUGGAGAUUCAGUGGCUUGGGAAGCAGGAGGGUCUUGUCAGAUUGUGUGGGGAAGGAAGGCGUUCUCUCCCUUGCCCACCAUGCUUUAGAUGCAGCAUGUCUGAACUGGGCUAGAGACACAGUAAUGAGAGCUUCAGAGAAAUACUGUACCAUCAGUUUCCCGUUUUAGAGCUGACUUCUAAAUAAGCCAGUCCACUAGAAUGGCCCCCCAAUUUUAGUGGCACGUUGAGUGCACUCAUUAUAUUUGAAGGUUUUUUCUAUUAACAGCUAUAUUUCAUGUUCCCAUUAAAUAUUAGAAUGGUGUUAACUAGGCUUGCUAUGUUGGGCACGUUUAUUUACAUUUUAUGCACAUUUAUGCAAGAAAUACCAUAUGCAAUAGCCAGACUGGAAGUGUCUGAACACUUUCAAACCACUUUGUCUCAAGUUCGAUUUUGGAGUCAAUUCAGAUGUUUAGUGGAGGCACAUAGGAUUUUUUAAAUUUUAAUUUUAGUACUAUUGCAAUAACUGAAUGUUAUUCUUUUUUUGUGUUUUUUUGCAGUAUAUAGAUGAAGAUCUGAAGGUAGCUGGCAAAUACAAAGGAAAUGAUUACAGCCAGUACUCUCCCUGGUCAUGUGAAACCAUUGGCUCCUACAUUGGAACCAAAGAUGCAAAACCCAAAGACACAGCAGCAGUGGGACUUGUUGAGAUGGGGGUAAGCAUGCAGAGAAGACCAGUGCCAGAGGGUGCUGUUCAAAUUGGACCUUGUACCAGAAGGGCAGAUUAUAAUAAGUUGGUUUUAGCAUGCAGUAAAUCCUAGCUCUAGACUAUUUGUUAAAAGGUGUGGACCACUUUUGGAUCAUUACUGGUGUUGCAGUGCAAUUUUGGGUCCCUUUUUCUAAUUAUCAGAGCUCAGAUUAAAUAUCAUACUCUAAAAACCAAGGGCAAGAAGGCUUGCAUAUGGCUUGUCAUGAUAUCUAAAUUGACAGGCAUUGGUUUGCAGUUGACCAAGAGUACAGAAUUGGAGACUGUACUCUGAAGAAUAUUUGCAACCAUUGUUUGAAUGGCUUGUAGUUUCUGAGCUAGAGGCACCAUGGAAAUGAGAGUCAACUUAGGAAGCUGAGUGUGAAGAGAAGUGAAAAUAGUACCAGACAAGCAUCUCUAAAGUAUGGUUGGUUGGUCGGUUGAGCAUUUGAAGACUCAAAUCAUUGUUUGUCUUUUUCUAAACUAUGUUGUUGUCUGAAUGGAGCUAGAAGUUAGUGUUAUGGUUCUGAACCAUGUGUCACAAGAGAACUGUUCGUGUGUUGUGAAAAAUUAGUUUUCAAUUAAAGACUCCUGUGAGAAAAAAGUAUCUACUCAGAGAAGGCUGUUUGCUGUGUUUCUAUCUGAUCCACUGCUCUAGCCUUUCCUCCUUCAUCAACCUAUGUGUGCAUGCUUAGCGCUGAGCCAAAACGCCCCCCUUCCUGUCUUUCUGCCACUCCAUUUGCACUCAAGUAAAAUGAGGGCAGCAUUUCAACAUUUUUUAAUGGCGUGUGUGGUGGUGGUGGGGUUAACCAGGAGUGGAGAACGGGGUUGGAUGUAGCCCUGACUGUGUUCUGCUCCUCUUGGAGAUUCUCAGCUGUGUGAGAGAUGCUGCGUUCUGGAAGGAAGGAGAAUAGUGGCUCCAACGGUAUAACCUUUCAACAGAACAGCAGUAUAUACAUGUUUUAAUUUGUCUUUGGUAGUGGUUUGGGCAGCCACAUUAUAAAAUAUUAUAGAAUAUUAAAAUAUUAAAGGGUCCAAGAGAAAUCCUAGAAGGUGUUAAUAUUUUUUAAGUGUGUCUAGAUUUUGAAAGAAAUUUGUUGGAACAGUGUCUUUCUGCACAUAUGCCCCAUCCCCAGUUCUCUGUGAAAUGAUAAUUUUAUUCUUACUGAGAAGAGUCAGUCAAAAUGGAGAAUCUUGCUUAUAAUUCCCUACCCUUUUGGUUCACCCUCCAGAACGUGGAUAGCAAGGGGAUGCGAGACCAGCGUUUGGAUUUGCAGAGGAGAGCAGCAGAGACUGGUGAUGAUGAUCUUAUUCCAUUUGGAGAUCGGCCUACGGUAUCAAGGUUCGGUGCCAUCUCACGUACAUCUAAGACGAUGUAUCAGAACCCUGGCCCCAUGCAAGCCAUGGCAGUUCAAGGGGCAUCUACAAAGCCAGGCAACAUUUCAGGUAUGCAGCGUACCCCGUUGGAGGCCUGCUUUCUUCUACAGUAGGCUUUCAUCAGUCCCGAAGUGUAGAAAUAGGAGUUGCUAAUAGACACACAAAUUUAGAAUUUCCGGUAGGGGCUUCCUCCCUUCAGAGACAACCUUGGGAGACAUUCCACAGCUAGUUGGUGUUCGUAUCUGUCCUUCUUCAACUAAAGCCUGUAUGCCAUGUGGCAAACAGCUCAAAAAUUGAGAAAUCCGAAAAUGGGUUUGUGAAAUGCCAUAGGGAGAGGCUUUUUAACAAUUCUCAGUGAGCUGGCAUAAACCCUUGAGUGUGCCUGAAGUUCCUCCUUGAGUCCCAGGGCUUGUCUGCAGCAUGAAGUAGGUGGGAGCUCUGCCUUGUGCAGUGAUUUCAGGUUACACAGGGGCAGUUUGGGCAGAGAAGCAAAUGGAGGCAUUUGGUACAUACAUUGUACCAAGUGGAUACAUGGCCCUGCUGCACUGCCACUUAUUCAGCAUACUCACUGUGGCAAACCUGUGAGCGAGCCUUUUAGUGACAUACAAGCAAAUUCUAAAUGUUAUGCAAAAGUCAGCAUGAAGAUGAUUCUUUCCUAGUAGGUAGAUUUCUCCAAUACCCCUUUAGCCUACAUAAGCAGUCCUUUCCCAGGCUAGACGUAAUGAGUUUUUUUGCUCCUUCUGCAGUUCUAUCUUUCUUUUUUGAAAGCUGGAAUGGGUAUUUUAAAGGUCUCCAACAUUCUCUGUGGUGUUGUUCAACUGCUCUUUGUUCUUUUCCUCCAUUCCCAUCCCAGCCACCAAACAUUUUAUGGUGGCUGUUUUAAAAGGAGAGGAAAAUAUGACCCAGGUCUGUCAGUAUUUUUGCAGACUUUCUUCAACACACAUUUUUUUCACAAAAGCAAAGAAAAAUCAGCUAAUAUUACAUACAUUGCCUUAGCAACUGUGCAACUUCAUCUUCUCUGCCAUUAAUAUAAGUCAUUUGAAUCGGCACUUUUUAAUAGACCUUUCCAAUUGCUUUGUAGAUUACAGCCCUUAUGAAACACACAGUGCAUGGGGAGGUUCGCCAUAUUCACCCCAUCAAAACAUACCUUCUUCUCAGGGACGCCCUAGUGACAGGUAAGAGUAUCCAAACCUGCUGUGUUUAGGUGAACAUACUAUACAAGUUUUGUUUUUUCUAACGCCUUGAAAAGAGAGUACUGAAACAUUUGCUUCUUUUUCAAAUAAAUUCUCUGUCAUCAAAGGGAGAGAUUGUCUAUGACAGACGUGGCUGGCCAUGGGAAGCCUUUGCCCUCAUCUGAGAGGGAACAGCAGCUUCGACUUGAACUGCAGCAGCUAAACCAUCAGAUUAGCCAGCAGACACGAGGAUUGGAGGUGGGUGCUUGUAUCCCCAGUCUUUUUGCAGUAAGGGACUUGAGAAACUGUGUGUGUGUGUGUGUGUGAGAGAGAGAGAGAGAGAGAGAGAGAGAGAGAGAGCGCGCGCAGUGGGAAUAUAAUUUAUUUUCCUCUGAUUCUGUUAUAUAUGUUUUCAUAACAUUUAGGAAUUUCAAGUGUGGUUAAAAGUUACAAAAGAUGCUGGCACCAAUACUGCCGUUGCCUACAGACUUCCGAUUUUGUAUUCUUUUAUAUUCCCCCCUCUCUCACACACACACACACACUUUAUUGUUGUAUUUUUCUGGUCUUCAAAGUAGUGAUAUAUUGGGUAAUGAGCUUCCUAUCUAAUUUUUUGUUGGCCUUAUCUUCCCAAACCGUCUAAGGCUGAACAAUGGUUAUACACAAUUUAUUGAAAAGUCAUCUUGUAUAUCUUACAGUUGAAUUGAUUUCUUAGGGUGAAAAUAUAUAUCUCUGACAACAGCAAUGAACACUAAUGAUACCUGUAGCUCAUAGUCAUCCCAGAAUAGAAGUGUUCUUGCAAAGAAAACCAGUGAGAGAUCGUGGCUGCCUAUUUGGGGGUUUACAGCUACCUCAAUUUAGGUUUUCUGCAGUGGCAAUCACAAGCAGUCUUCAUUUUAGGAAGGCCUGACUUCCUAAAGUCAGGUGGUUUUUAUGAACUUGGUAGGUUCCCUGAACAGAAAUGAUAGAUGCAAGAUCAGGGUCGAUUUGAAAUAAAUCAAAUUGAUUUAAAUUUCUAGUCAGUAAGACUUGAUUUUAAUCAUUUUUUAACAGAAAGACUCAUUCUUGCUGGUAUAAUCUUAAUAUUUACAACCAGAUGAAGGUUUCAUUUUUGGAAUAAUAAAUUUUCAGAGUAGUUUUUACAGUUCUGUAAAAAAUUACGGAUUUUGGUUAUAUUAUUAAAAAUACAAAGACAGGUAAUUAUGAAAUUAUUGUUUAUAUUUCAACAACUUUUCUGCUGUAUUUUAUUGGGAGGAGAAAAAUAAUAAUUUCCUUAAUAACAAUUUUUAAAAAUUAUUUAACUAAAACAAUAAUAUUAUAGCAUAUGUAUACAUGUUUGUUAACUGAUGUGGUUAAACAAUUAAAAAAAAACUUUAGACUGAGUUUUAGCACACAUGCAAAACUUAAAACAAAUCCUUAUUUCCUGAUGGAAAUAAUUUGGACUAUAAUGUAACUUAAAUAGAAAACUAUCUUUAAAAAGAUUUUUCCUCCAGAAGCAUUUUAUUUUAAAAAUCUGGUUUAAAUAAAAAAAAAAUCCGAUUUAAAUUUUAAAAAAUCCUUUUUUAAAAAAAAUCAUUGAUUUUUAUUCACCGUGUGCAAGAUGCAUUUGUUGGCAAUAUUGUGCUCUUAUUCAAGAACAAAAGACAAAUAGGUGCUUACUUUUGGCAUGCCUGCCUUUGCUGAUGGUGCAAUGGAGGAGUAUUGGAUGGUUUGAAAAUACCCACAUGACUGUUACUCUCUGUUGUUGUUGUUUUAGUUACCUAAUGUUGCACUAGAUAAUAUGCAACUUAAAAACAAAGACCAAAGAUACUUGUAACUGCUUUGUGACAGACAUUUCUGAAAUAUUGCUUCAGUGCCAAGACUUUUAAGAUGAAAUCAUUCAAACACAUUUUCAUAUACGUAUAUAAUUCAAUUCUUAAUUUCAGAUGUCAUUUAGAUACCAACAUGCUUAUCUUUUAUUCGUUCAGCUAGGUCCAGAUCAGUGCAAAUUAGGCAGAAAUAAUCCGUUUUAGAACAGUGGUUCUCAGGCUAGGAGCAAUUCAUUCAACAUUGAUUUGUUGCAGACUCCUGGCACUGCUCAGUAACAUGGAGCAUGUUCUAGGAUGCAGUCAGCUGAUUACCAAGCCUAUUUGGCCUCACUGCUGCCCUUUAUGAACACUUCUUAAAUUAUGAGCACCACUCCUGCAACUACAGGUUGCAAGGGAAGAUCACUGGUGAUAGGGAAACUAUAUUUUAAGGAGGCUUAACUGCCAUCACCUCCUUCUCAUUAAGUAACCUCUAGUAAGCUUUCAAGAAAUCACAGAAAGACACUGCUUCAAAACCAGGAUGUGGGUGAGUGGGGUCGCAGGACUAUAGUCAGAUUCUUGGUUUCAGCUCCACCACAGCACCAGCAUGUAGUAAACUUGAUUACAGACAAUCAGUGAGAUGCCUUGAGCAAGGUGGCCAAUCCCUGCACAUGCCAGAUUUUUUCACAAAGUUUAAACAGGAGACACAACCAUGCUUCUCUUUCAGUCACACAGUGAAAUCUGUGGACUGUAGGGACAGAACAGAGAAAAGAACAUGGUACUUCAGACAACAUCAGAUUACCUUUUAGGAUUCACUACCUCAAGAAGGAGUGAUGGCAUCUAGCUUGAAUAGCUUCACAUAGAACUUGCUAAUAACUGUGACAGUUAAAUGGAACCUCUGUGUUCCAAGUAUAUCUCUGAAUUUUGGGGGGAAACAGCAGGAUGUUGCUCGCUAUCUUUUCUCGCUUGUGAGCUUUCCAGAUGCUCCUGGCUGCCUCCUCCCAGAAAGAGAGUGCUGAACUAAAUGAACCCUUGGCCCGAUUCAGCAAUGAACGUCUUAUGUCAGUGUUGUUUGCUUCUGUCUCACAUCUUCCUUAGAGCAUGGAUCCAGGCAUCGCCACCUAUGCUACAAGCUGAACUGAAAGAUUGUUCACAAAGCUUGGGGAAAGGGCUGCAUGUUUCACAAACUGUAUUUCUGAUUUAAGAUGAUCUUCAUGUGUGUGUGAAACAUUCUUGGGAGUAAUGACCAAUUUGUGUAUUUCACAUGAGAGGAAGGAAGGUUGGGUUUUGGGAACCAAGCAAUACUCCUGAAAUUUGGCCUCAUCCUCAUGUCUGCAUGGUGUUCUUUCUGUGCUCAGUUGUGUAUGUGCUUCGCUUUAUGCAUUUAGGCUGUUAGUAACAGGCUGCUGUUGCAGAGGGAGGCGACCCCCUUGGCAGGCCAGCCACAGCCGCCACCUCCCAAGUGGCCUGGAAUGAUCUCAAGUGAACAGCUGAGCUUGGAGCUGCACCAGGUGGAGAGGGAGAUCGGGAAGAGAACCCGGGAGCUGAGCAUGGUGAGUGUUUUGUAGGGUGAGCAGAGGGGACUGAAAAAGAAACUGCUGCUGCUGGGUGAGUUGCUGCGCUUCGUCACACAAAGGUGGUAUUCUAGAUGACAGCUGCCAGUGUUAACUCUUCUUAUUUUUGAGACUAUAGUGAUUUUAAAUAUUCUGACUUCUGUAGCUUUUCAGGCUUUGUUUUCCUUUAGCAAAUAGUGUUAGAGUGCCAGGGUAAUUGAAAAACUCACCCCCGCCCCCCUUGGCACGUGAAUGAGGUGAUAACGAGGCUUUCAAGUUGUACUACUAUUUGGGACAGAUUAGCAUAGAGGAAAUUGGAGAAUGAGGAAAGUAACCAAGCAGAGGGCAGAUACUCUUUCCUUGGUGGGUAUUCCUACCUCACACUAGCAGUUUAAAUGGUAAUAUCACUUUGCAUGAUUGCAUGUGUUUCUAAUUGGAAGCUAAAGGCUGCAUUUCAGUGGACUAAAUAUAUUUUUGUUAAUUCUUAGUGUGUGAUACAAGUUGAACACGUGCAGUCAGAAGUAAGCACCAAUAUAUCAGAUUGCGGCCAUGUCACCUGACAGAUCAGGGAUAUGAACCCAGGUGUCCCCAGCCAAAUUCCAUAUGCUGACAACUACACCACCUUUGCCAGCUCACUAUGAUAUAAUUGUCAGCUGAUCCCUAUAAAAUUUAUCAUAAAAUGGAUCAACACGGUUACAUAUUUAGACUCUCCUAGGGCGCAUGGCUAGGAGAUCUCAUUAUGAGCUUCUGCAGUUCAAAACUGUACCACUGCAUGCCCUGUGUUGCAGCCUGGGCACCACACCUGUUAGCUGGCAUUUGGAAAUGGGGCAGUGGUUUUCAAGCCUGUGAUGAUAGAAUGCUUUAGCCUUUGCUGCUUGAUACAUGUGCUUUUGUGUAUCCUGAACAAAUAGAUAGGGCAGAUAUGUCUCAGAUGUUCCCUUGUCCUGCGGCUUUUGUGUCAGUUGGUCUGCGCAGUGGUUUUACAAUUAUCUUAUUCCUCAUCUGUGAAACAAGCAUAGAAAACAUCUUACCUACAUUUAGUGAACUGUAGGUAUUCCUAUUCUUUCCCUAGGAGAGUCAGUCUUCAUUGGAAGUGAAAAGCAAAGUGAGUGCCAGUAAGCAGACAGAAAAUGGACAGCAAAGCAAGGUACCAGCUGAGGAUGUUGCACUUACAUUCAGGUAAUAGCACUGGUCUUCAGCUGGUGGGUCACAGGCUGAUCCAAGGUGGGUCACAACAGGAGCACUAUCACCAUGCAAAUAUAUGCAGUCACAGAGCACACAGUAGCCUGUCAAACUUACUUUGCCCAGUUACCACCUCUGUCUAUGCUCCGCUUUGAGCCAGUGUGAUGUAGUGGUUAAGAGCGGUAGACUCGUAAUCUGGUGAAAUGGGUUCACUUCCCCACUCCUCCACAUGCAGCUGCUGGGUGACCUUCGGCCAGUCACACUUCUCUGAAGUUUCUCAGCCUCACUCACCUCACUGGGUGUUUGUUGUGGGGGAGGAAGGGAAAGGAGAUUGUUAGCCGCUUUGAGACUCCUUAGGGUAGUGAUAAAGCUGGAUAUCAAAUCCAAACUCUUCUUCUUCUUCUAGUGGUUGUAACAUAUUACACUAUUGGGGUAAAAAGGUAAAGGUACCCCUGCCCGUAUGGGCCAGUCGUGUCCGACUCUAGGGUUGUGCGCCCAUCUCACUUAAGAGGCCGGGGGCCAGCGCUGUCCGGAGACACUUCCGGGUCACGUGGCCAGCGUGAUGAAGCUGCUCUGGCGAGCCGGCACCAGAGCAGCACACGGAAACGCCGUUUACCUUCCCGCUAUAAAGCGGUACCUAUUUAUCUACUUGCACUUAGGGAUGCUUUCGAACUGCUAGGAGGGCAGGAGCUGGGACCGAAAGACGGGAGCUCACCCCGCCGCGGAGAUUCGAACCGCCGACCAUGCGAUCGGCAAGCCCUAGGCGCUGAGGUUUUACCCACAGCGCCACCCGCGUCCCUAUUGGGGUACUGCUCCCUAAAUGGAGAUGGAAGGUCCAAACAGAUGCAACUUAACAAGGCAGAUUAAAGAUAUCAAAAUAAACAUGGCAAUAUAUUCUCUUUUUCUUGUGUAUUCCGUUUGUUUCGGUUAUUUAUUGUUUUAUGUCUAAACAUAGAAAUGCAUUCUAAAGUACAGUUGUACCUUGGUUGGCCUUGUGACUCGAAUGUUUUGGCUCCUGAACGCCACAAACCUGGAAGUGAGUGUUCCAAAGAGUGUUCUUUGGAACCCGAACACCUUCCGCGGCUUCCAAUUGGCUGCAGGAGCUUCCUGCAGCCAAUCAGAAGCCGCAGCUUGGUUUCUGAUCGUUUUGGAAGUCAAAAAGUCUUCCAGAAUGGAUUCUGUUCAACUUCCGAGGUACGACUAUAUGUGGAAUUUGCUUCCACCCACGUGCCUUGCCUAGAAAACUGAUACAGUGGAACGCAGCAAAUGUGAGGUAAACCAGUUCCACUACCUUCAGAAUGCAUAAUCUCUCUUCACUGAAUAUGUAUUUAGAGUAUUCUGUAUUUUACCAGACGGUACUGAUCUUUUGAUUGUCAUUGAUAGUGGCCACUUGGAAGACCAUGGCCAACUGUAUUCAGGAUGUCUUCUCAAUAUUGUUCUUUUUCUAAAACUUUAUUCAGUUUCUUUCUUUCUCUACCUGACUGUCUUCACUGUUAAUUUCCCUUGUUGGCAUUCAUUCUUCAGCAGUGAUGUUCCAAAUGGAGCAGCUCCAGCGCAAGAAAGCAUUGGCCUCCUCUCAAGCAAAACUGCAGCUCUGAGCUUGUCGGAAGAUACUGAAGCGGGAGGAGGCGACUUGGAUGCCCAGAGGACAGGAGCAACACCUACAUCUGCUCCCUGAAGGAACAAAAGCAUCUCUCCAUUUCUGUCUGGGGUCACCUUUACCCCUCCUUGGGAUAUAAUGGGAGACACUGAGCAAGAGCUGCAACAAUGGCAGGUCCUGAGACAAUGUGCACAACACCACUACUAGAACAAACCCUGCACAUAGUUCACAUUAACACAUUUUUUAAUUAAAAAAAUGAAAAUUAGCAGUAUCUGCAAGCAACUCAGAUUAAAUUUGUUUUUGUUCUGUGAAUGAACUUUAUUUUAAUAACUUUGGAUGCCUUGAAUGCCAGGGCUUUAAAAGAAACAGAUAUUAUAUAUAUAAAUAUAUAUACACACACUCUGUUUGAUUAAUUGUAUGAUCUUAAUGAGGUAGGUUUUCUCUUUUAUUUUGGUAUUAUUACAUACCCAGUGUAUAAUUUCCUCUUUUCUUCUCCCUUCAAAACAGUCUCACUCACCACUGCUUUGUGUGAGUUUGAAAAGAAAAUAGGAAGUAUUGCAAUGGAGGAGGAAGCUCUCAAUUGCCUUGUCAGAAAACGUGUUGCAGAGUUUCUGAAAGUAACUCUCUUUAAGCAUGCCAGGACAUCACCGUUAUCCAUUGUAUUUUUCUAAACUGCAGUGAAGAAUGGCUUCAGUUGUCAGAGAUGGGUUAGGUUGAGAAAUUUGGGUCUCUCUGCUUCUUUGUCAGGUCUAAAGCACAACCUCUGUGUUAACUUUUGUUUCUGGGAAGGAUGGGGACUGCAUGAUAUCCUAAGGCAGGGAAAGCUGCUGCAUCUGCCCAAGAUGAGAACUGUAGAAGUUAUAGUUUGGGUGGGAAGGAGAGAAGCAAGAAGACAGGAAGUGCAGGCCCCUUUACUUUGUGUUCCCUCUGCAUCUUUAUUGCAUCCAAAGCUGCUCUUGGUUGUCCCUGGUCUGUCUUGGGUGGGGGAGUUCCCUGUCCCUGCUGUAUUCAGUCUCUGAAAGUGAAGGCUUUCUCUGAGUAAUGGGAGAGAUUGACAAGAUAAUAGAACUCCUCAGAUUUACUUUCAGCAACUCUGUCUCAACAGCAACACCCUUCAGGAUCUAGAUGGGAUGAAAACCUUUCUUCUUGCUGCAUACGUCAUUGCAUUUAAGAUUGUCCUUAAAAUGCCACUGUUGCAGGCAGUGGUCUUACUUGUGCUGUGCAUAAUUUGACUUCCUACUCUUUCCCUCCAAGUUUAUAUGUAGGUAGAGAUGCUCCGAGUGGAAACCCUUGCAAAAGCUCCCACACAUCUCUUAAGCCUACUUCUCCCAUAUGGAUUAGACUACUAAAACUCAGAAAGCACUGGUUAUGUAAUAAGUUGAAGCAUUGCUUUGGUUGGGUAAAAGCAGAAGUUUAUUAAUCUUGUUUUAGGUUGUUUUUCUUCCCUUAAACCCUUGUUGAGGUCAUAGCAACCUUCAGCUAUUUUGCAUCUGUCUUACUGUUACAUUGAACAAAAUGGGGGGAUACAGCCCCCCUGUUGCCUACCAGUAGGAGAGUCCAAGCAGAAGACUCUGUUGAGUAGUGAUUAUUUAAUUUGCCCAGUCAAGGCACCGCAUUUAUAUACUAUUUCACAUUGAAUUUGAUUAUGCCCUACAGACCUGGCUGGCCAAAAAUUUGAUACAUGUAUUGGCUUGGGAUUCGAGCAUUCAUUUUUUUAUUUAAAUAAAAAUUAUCUAUAUAUGUAUGUAUAUAUACACAUAUAUGUAGUUAUAUCUGUAUAUAUAUUGGGUAUGUUUUAAGAAUUUUUUCACAUGAGUGCAGCUGUUAUAAAACAUCUGGGAGGUAGAGGCACUGAGAAAAUAUAUCUCAAAGGCAUUUUAACAAUCAUCUUCAGCUUCUCUUAACUUCACACACCACUCUAUCAGAAUUUUAACAUGAGAAAUUUUUUUCUCCUUUCGCACUACCUUCCUUUCCCCUUGCCCUGCUUUCCAGUCUAGAUAGAAAUACUUUCUUUUCUUGAUGAAAAUUGUUCACUUGAGGGAGCCCAUCACACCUUUCUGCCUUUCCUGGUGCGAUAAAGCAAGAGUAAUAUCAGGAGAGCACUGAAACAAGCUAACUUUGCUUGUAAGUACUAUUAUUCCUAUUUCUCACAACACAGGAACUCCUUUGAAUGAAUCAGGUCUAUGAAGGGCCUGGCCCAAAAUCUCAUCUUUGUUUGCAAGAAAACAAAAUUUAGUUAACCUUGUACAUAAAUUAUGUAGCAAUCUUUUAAAGAUCUUCCCCUCCAGAGAGAGCCUAACUUGAAAAAAGAGAAAAAUUGGCUUUCUUUUAGAAUAAUUUCAUAUACAGAAAAUUUUCUAACUUCAGGGAAGAGAGACUUCAGCACUUCUCAGUCAUUUUAAUGUGCAUACUGUGAACAUGCAUAAAGGGCAGGAGUGGAGUACCUCUGGCCCAUGGGUCAAUUUGGGCUUGUCCAAGAUUCUAAUUUGGCCCAUGAGACUAUAUUUCAUAAAGCACACCCACUUGACAAUCAAGUGACAUCACUCUGGGAGCAGGUGGUGUCACCUGAUAGGAGGUGGACCUCCGUCCUGCUUAGUUCCGCUGUGUUGACUGGUUUCUGCUUCACCCUCUGCCGGCAACCGGCACAGGCAGUUGAUCUUUGCAGAAAGCAGGACAACCCCCACCCAGCCGACAGCUGCACGCGUAAAGCCUGCAGAAGGCGAGAUGGGACUACUGCUGCAUUGCUCACUAUCUUUUUGCACCUCUGUGGGCCAACUUUGACAGGAGGGUGGGUGGCCUCGCCCACUUGUCAGUGUUGGCCCAUGGGGAGGGAGAGAGAAGGAUCUGCCGCACUGGGCCAAAAAGAUGGUUCACCCUUGGUGUAGGGGAGCAGCAUCAUGGCGGCAAGUCCAGCUACCCUUAUCUACGUGCAUUCACUAGUCUGUGAAAUUUGCCCACGGGUGUACAAAGUGUAUGUGGCGAGGCUUGUCUGUUUGCUUAGGGACAUUGCAAAAAGCAGUUUGUACAGAGGCUUAAUCACCCUGCCAUGGGUGUAUUCAUUGAGCACGUGGAAGAAUGGGCAGAACAUGAGGGAAAUGCCAUUGCUGAUACUGAGAAGCUUCUACUAUAAAAGUACACGCUCUGAAUGUGAGCUUAAAAAUUAGAUCUCUCAAUAUUUGUGUCAUCCCCCACCCAGGCUGUACUCUGUGCACAGUGUCCUAUCCAGGUGAAUGUCCUGUUUGCACAAGCAAAGGUUUUUGUUUAAUCUUUUCAAACCACAUUGAUCUUGGCUGAGUUUCCUGUUUCCCUCAUUUUUUGGUGCAAAGAUUUACUCAGCAAAGGUGAGCACAUAAGGAAUUAGGAAAAGGCUUUUUCAGUGACUUUUUGGUAAAGUGUACUGGCUUUCAAGUAGAAGAAUCUAAUUCUGUAGUUCAUCUAGUUUGUUCUUUUAUAAUUAGUUUUCCUAAAUUAGUUUGCUAGGACUUUUCAGCACUAUUUAAGGUAAGGAGCUGGUUGGCAGUGAAUCCUUCCUUCUUUGUAAAGGAGACAUAGAAAAUAUUGAAACCUGAGAAAUAUCUAUAUUCUAGUGGCAUUCAAAAAGCUCUUUUCUGAAUCUUUUGAGCUUGGAGAUUCAUAAACUUGAGAAAUAGAGAGACGUCUGCUGGUGUUGCUGUUUCACCAGUGGACUAGUUCCCGCCCCCCUUUCAUACGGUUUCUCUCAAUUUUAAGAGAAACAUCAUAACACACUAGACUUUUAAACUGUCCGUGGGAUCCAGACUCCACUUCUCUUGAUGCCUGCUUUGUAACCUUUGUACUCUGGAUGCCUUAUAGCAAUGAGGAAAUAGGCAAACAGACAUAGAUGUAUUUCACAAUAGUCAACAAACCUUUACAGCAUCCUCCUCCACUGUUCCUGUAUACUGUGCUUAAGUUUUGGCUUAUUUUUCUCUGAUACAUUUAGCAUACAAUGUUAAUAGCUGUUAUUAAUGAACAAUUCUGUAGAUUACUCCUUUCUUUCCACUUUGUUGUUUACAACACCCUGUUCACUUUAAACCUUAUUAGAGCAUUUUGAUCUGGAUGUCCUUUGUUGCCCUAGGUAACCUUGGUGGUUAGAGCAAAAUUUAAUUCCGUAAAAGGUUUAUGAAGGAUUUACAGGAUAACUUAAAUGCUUUUUGCAGUACCCAUUCUAAUUUAACUGCUCUAGCUUCUUCUGCUUCUGUUCCUUUUCCUUCUGUAGAUGUGCCUGUCACCCUCCCUGAUCAUGCACCAGUCAAAAGCUUGCUGCCUCAAAAUAGAGCAUUCAAAUGAAUUCGCUUAGCCAAUAACUUCUGUGAAGUUGCCUUUUCUAAUGGUGUUAUUACUCAGUGAUGCACAAAUGUGAUAUUGCCCCUACUGGUAGGCAAAUGGGGGGUCUGUAUAAAUGUGGGAAAUACCUUUUUUUGGUUUUGUUUGUUUUUUUGGGUUUGUUUGCUUUUUGUUCAAGGAGAGCCAAAGACUUGUGCUUUACUCUUGGGUGUUGGUUUUUUUGGGGGUGGGGGUGGGGUAUUUUUAUUUUAUUCAUCCUACUGGUUUAGCCAGUUUUUAUUGAACUUGGUUUCUGUGUUUUCAGCUCUUAACACUGGUAAAUAUGUCUAAAAGCUUAUGACUGUUGAGCCUUACAAAAAUACAUUCAGUGAUGAUAAAUUAUUAGAUUUUGGAAGUGGUGUGUUUAAGCCUCAUUAAAUUUGCAGCCAUUUAUAUAUCCCCUUUUCUAUUUUUUUUAAUGCUUGAAUACUCUCCCAUCACACAUCAAGUUACAAUUUGCAACAAAAAAAGGGCUUAUGAAAAAGUUAUUGUUUACUGUCAUUAUUCCUGCUUGAAAUUUUCUAUUGAGGUCUAGUAAAAAUAAAUAUAAGGAAGCUUGAAGAAUUUUAGUAGAAGUAGCACCAGAUGUAGUUAAAUGCAGAAGCAAAUGCAUGCAAACACACUGCUCAUGCUGACUGCACAGGUAGCUCUGUGGUACUUGGCUGCAGAAAGUGUAUUGAGUUGUAUCUUAGACACAUUAUACCAUUUUUCUGCAUGUCCAAAGCUAUAUAGAAGCCUCUUUCAUUCUGACCAAUUAAUACAUGAAUCCAUAAAGACAAGCAUAUGUAAUCAAAAAGCACUUGGUUUCAUAGUUCUACUAACUUAGCAGGCAUGGGCUCUUUAAAAAUAAAUGGCCUCAAGGAGGUCACUCUUCAGUCAUUUCCCCAUAUCUCAUCAGUAUGUUCAUAGUGGAAUUUACAUUAUGUUCUACGCAUUUGCAAAUAUUUCUGUCUAUGGAAGGGAACUUUUUCCAGCGCUAGAUUUGCCAAGUUGUAUUCUUGAGAUCCAACCUGUUCAUUUAAGAUCUGGAGGCAGCAGAAGAAAUUAUACCACAGAUGCAUCUCCCAUCCUGAGCCUCUCAUCUGCCCCCAUGCCCUGCCUGUUGUUAUAAACAGACUACAGUUUUACCUUACAUGGAAGUGGAUGGUAGGCAAGUAGACCAGUGGAAGGAAAGCUAGCAGCUGCAUACUCUUCCCUGCCUCAAAAUAUCUAAAGGGGCAGACAGGAUCACCUAACUGUGGUCCAACAACCCCAGAUAUUUGCUUGGCACAGUGUGUCUUGUGAAGUACGAAAUUGAUUAUGAACGGCAGAUUCAACUACCUGACACGUUAGUGCCAUGAGGCUUCCCCCUGCACCUUCCUCCAACCUGCUCUGGAGGGUUGGGAGAACCCCUAGAAGAGUCUGCAGGGGAGGAAAAGAAGCCCUUAGGCAGGCAGAAAGAAAUGCUUGCGCUGAUGGAACAGUCUCCUUAGUGCUGCAUUGAAUUCCACCCACUAUAGGAAAGUGAAUGACUAAUACCAGCAGUUGACUCCAUCUUAUGAAGCAAAUCUGUGUACUGACUUGCUCUAGAAAGAACUUAAAAAGGUAUAUCAGUGGCCUCAUUCAGACAUAGUGCUAAACUAUGUUUAGCAUUACAAGAAAAAGCCUGUGUAAGCCUUGAGUUUGCAUUCUCCUGGGAACAGCUGCAGAGAGGCAUUCAAAAGCUUUCAGUUUUAGAUUAACUGCAUUGUGCCAUGAAGUUCUGUGCAGAGUAGACCCACUGAAAUUAAUGGACCUGACUUUGUCCUAUUAUUAAUUUUUAAAUGUUUUUAUUUUAUUUUUUUAUCCGUAAGACUAAUGAACAUCAUAUUUGCAAAACAGGACCUGUAAAACACCUAAGUUGGAAUUUCCAUAGUAGCAGCUUACACAAUAACUGAUUUGGUAUUAGGCCAAUGUAACAUACAAAAUCAGAAAAGCAUAUGACAAACAAAUCAAACUAUAAAUAAUAUAUACUAAAUCACAAUACACACAGAAAAUGGGAAAAAACCCAAAAUAUAGUGCAAAUUCUUAAAUAAUGCUUUGAGAUGGAUUGAAGUAAUAAAAAUAAUUAAACCUUUAUUCAAAAUAUUCAUAUAACUAUAGCACCACCUAGUGGUAUAAGGAUUAUUUUUUCCACAGAUGAGCCUUGUUCACCAAGAGAAGGGGGUUAGGAAACCAUACAGUGAGGAGUGGGUGCCAGAAGAUUGCCAUGUUUGGCUAUACUCAUAAAAUCUAUUGUCAACCCAAAUUGCAGUGAAAUCAUCUUUUAAAAAAUUGUCCUUGUGUAAUUCUUCUAAUGGUGCAUUAAAUUUAAUGAAUUUAAGUAAAAAUUAGUAGAAUAUCACCCAUGUUGUCUGCACCAAGAAAAAGUGCUUAAUCUUAACUUUCUUUUCUUACCCCUUUUUUGAGACAAGCCAGCUUCAAACCAUAGUUAGUAGCCAGGCUUCUGUCGUUGAAUCAUAGUUAAGUUUAAUUACUGUAUACGGUUUGGACAACAGGUAAACUGGCUCAUCUGAAUGGGAAGAAUAAACUUCUAGUCAUCUUCUUGCCACCAUUCUGGAGGAGGAAAUGAGUACAUAAGCUCAGGAUUUGUGGAGGCUCAUUCUUGUAAUGCUAAGGUUUAGCUUGAUAGGGUCCAGUUAACACAGGACUCUAUAUCUCCGUGUAAAACAAACUGGUUUUGUGUGAAUGAGGAGCAGGGCGUUGCACCUUGCUCAAAAGUUCCAGUGGCACUUCUCCCUGCUUCUGUCGCCACACCACAGAUAAAACAAGCCAGAACGUGGCUGGUCAUGUUCUCUGAACCCAGCCUGUGGUUUGUUUACUCCAAAUCAUGAACUGUAACCAAGACUGGCUCCAGGCUUGCCACUCGCGGUUUAUUUGGAGGAAGCAAACCACAAGCCCAGGUUUGGACAGUAUAACAAACCAGAGUCUGGCUUGUUUUAUCUGUGGCAGGAACACGGUAAGUAAGCAUGAAGUAACAGGGUUUUUUACAUUAUGAUUUAAUGUAACGUGUAAACCAAGCUACUGAGAUUCUGGUACAGAAUUUCCCACCUCCAAUUCUUUUCUCCCACUCCCCUAUGUGGAAAACACAACAGAUGAAUCUUUUCAAAAUUCACAGUUGUGCUUUUAAACAGACACACUAAAAGCAAUGGCCUUGAUUGAGUAAACUAAAUUGCAUGAGAUUAGCUAUGUCCCUGCAUCACCAAAUGGUUUCUGGUGUAAUUGCUGGUCUUGGGUUGAUACGCAGCUCUGGAGGAAGGGCACUCCACCCUUUUCAGGAUCAGUUGCCUAAUAUUCAUCAUUUAAAAACACCAAAUUAUUUCCUAUUUCACCAAAUCAACCCAGAGACAGUUCUGUACUUAUUAAAAGGGUAGCUCAUUGAGAGGACAUCUUGAUGACAUCCAAAGUAACAAGGAGAAGAAAAUGGCUCCUUUCCUUCACUGCUUCAAUGGGAUUCCUGUGGUAAACAUUGUGCUGGAUUUGCCAAUGGACUCACAGUGUUUUAAUUAUUUAUUAUGGCAAAAAAUUGCUUUUUGAUUUCUUAAGCUACAAGCCUAAGGCUCUGGUUCUGAAAGACAGCAAACACUCUCAGCUUUCAUUAUGAUAGUAUCUUAGAAGUUCCUUAAUAGCUACAGUUGCCAUUUUCUGGGUAGCUUCUGUUCUGAUGUUGCCUAUAUCUAAAUAACUUAUGUAUUUAUGACCGCCUGAUGCUUUUCUCCCCACAUACAAAAAAGUAUCUAAUUUUGGAGGCAAACGUUUGGGGUUUUUUUACCAAAAGAAAAACAUAUGCUUAAAUGCAGAGACUCUUUCUUUCUCUCUCUCUCUCUCUCUCUCUCAAAAGUAUUAGAUAUGCUGAUGUUACAUGUAUACAUAUCUUUUAUAUAUAUAAAUAACAGAAUCCUGUGGAGUAUUUGGUGUUUGCUAUAAACAAAAUUUGUUUGCUUCUGUGUAUGUUAAAGUGACUUUGGGCACCAUUUGUAGGCGGGAUUGUCUUCUACAUGCAAGUCCCAUUGAAUUCAUGGGGUGCCUGCAAGAAGACACCCCCUGUGCCCUCUUGUCGUUAAUGUUAGUUUGUUGUGGCAGACAAUACUCACAAGUCUUUGGCAUCCAAAACCAGAUUGUGUAACUGGAACAGAAUCCCACAGCUGGAUUUGGUUAGGGAGAUCCCCCUAGCUUAGCAUUAGAUAAAGGCAGCUAGGAGUGGGGAGCAAGACUGGCAGUGCCCCCCUUUUUUGCCGGCUGUCUUGACAGAUCACAGUUUCAGGCUCAGUACAGAUCCCUAAAUUCAGUCUCUGCUGCCUAUUGUGAGUUUACAAUUGCCUUACAGUCUCUGCUUGCUAUGUAAGCAGCCUCUUUGCUAGCCAUGGACCCUUUCCUUCAAGGCGACCUUAUCAGCAGCAUGGUGGCAUUUUAAAAUUAGUUUUGAUGGACUUGCAGCCUUCGAUCUAGAUUUCACUUCCUAUUUUUGUUCAUCAAACCUGCCUCUCUCACAUUUCCCAAGCCAUUUCCAGUUGUGGGAUUCCUCUAUAUCUGUGUGCAUUCUUUAUGGUUGUGUGCGGGGGUGGGGGGUACUAAGCCAAGUUUCCUUUGGUCUUUUUAGGAUUGUACCAGUCUCCCCGAGACAUUCUUAAGUCAUUAUCACCUUUUUGGGUGGAGUUCAUUUUUUAAUAACUUUUUUGACAUUUUGGUGCAUAUAUGCUUGGGAUAGAGCUCAUGUAAUUUACCAAUCGUAUUGAUUGUAUGUGAUUGUGCCCUGCAGAGGUAUAUUUAACAAAAAAUAAAAUAAAAAAUUGUCUAAAGUGAUGCUGGUGAUAAUAAAGAAGACUCCAAGGCAAUGA